CCUAACCAUGCCCUACACAGGUUGCUCCGGGUGUCUCCUGCUCCCAGCUCGGCCACACCUCCCGGUAGCUCCAGCCCUGCAUUACUCACUCCUGCUGGCAGUACUGCUGCUGCCUCCUGUGAGAGUGCUGGAUGUUCUGCCAGGCUGGGAACUCUCCUGCCACAGGUAAGUCACUGCCCCCUCCCCCCUCGGCUGCCCACUGGCACUGCCCAUGCUGCUUCCUAAAGCUCAGUAAUUUUUAAUUAAUGGAUCUCCUUCAGCUUUAGCAAUCCCUUCCUCCCCGACAGCUACAUGUAAUAUCUCACAGGCACUAUUAUAAUAUAUACUCUGUCCUGUAUAUAUAAUAACCUACCUAUACAUACUGUAUAACCUACUCUACAUGGGUAUAUACCCUCCCUGCCCCUGUAUAUAUAAUAACCCACCUGGCAUACAUACUGUAUAACCCACUCUACAUGGGUAUAUACCCUCCCUGCCCCUGUAUAUAUAAUAACCCACCUGGCAUACAUACUGUAUAACCCACUCUACAUGGGUAUAUACCCUCCCUGCCCUUGCAUAUAUAAUAACUCACCUGGCAUACAUACUGUAUAACCCACUCUACAUGGGUAUAUACCCUCCCUGCCCCUGUAUAUAUAAUAACUCACCUGGCAUACAUACUGUAUAAUCCACUCUACAUGGGUAUAUACCCUCCCUGCCCUUGUAUAUAUAAUAACCCACCUGGCAUACAUACAGUAUAACCCACUCUACAUGGGUAUAUGCCCUCCCUGCCCCUGUAUAUAUAAUAACCCACCUGGCAUACAUACUGUAUAACCCACUCUACAUGGGUAUAUACCUUCCCUGCCCCUGUAUAUAUAAUAAUCCACCUUGCAUACAUACUCUAUAACCCACUUAUAUAGCCAGUGUAUAAUGCCCUCCCCCCGUAGUAUAUAUUUAAUAAACUAACUUGCAGUAUUCAUGUAAUUAUCCAUCUGUAUAAAUGUUAACUAACUUGGCAAAAUAUUUGUAACAUCACACAAUGUAUUUGUAAUAACCCCUGGAUGUUAUUACAUGUACAGUGCCAAGUAAAUGUAUCAUAUGUGGGCUGCCAGGAGAAUUAUUACAUAAGUUCUUAUGGUGAUUAUCACAUAUGCAUUGCCAGCUCAUAUAACAUAUGCAUUGUAUGGGUACAGUAUUCAAAUAAACUAGUGGAUUUACAAAAAUUACAAAUAAAGCGGGAUUUAGUAUAUGCUCCAAUUUUUGCUGCGGCAUAUGAUAUAUAAACUGUAUAGAUGUUUAUUAUAUAUAAAUUUUGGCAGGGAAUUCACUGCAUAUUACAGAUAUACUGUUACGGGAGUUAUUACAUAUACAGAUACUGUGUUAAGCACCUUGCACUAUGUUUGUAAUGUCCCCUUGCCUGUGACUACAUAAUGAGGAUUACAUAUAGAUUACAAUGUUAAGGAGACAUUUAUAAUGCAAUUGGAAAAGGCAUGUGAGUGAUGUAUGGCUCUUGGCUGACUAUGAUAAAGAGAGGUUUUCACUAAAAUAAGAAUGCAAAAUUUGAAACAUUCUCUAAGUCACCAGUGUUUCAGUACAGCUACUUUGGUACCAGAACACUCCCCCCCAACCCCGCCAACCCCCCAAAAAAAAAUAUAGCACUGGUAAUAUUAUUUAGAGAUUUUUAAUAUAACCAAAUGCUUUAUCACAAUCCUUUACAAAAUAUUUGUGGAUACAUAACAGUAACGAUAGUAAACUUAGAAUCUGGUAGAAUCAUACCAGCCAACCCAGUCCUCAAGUACCCCUCAACAGUCCAGGAUUUAGGGAUUACCCGGUUGUGUCUCAGGUGUUUUUAGAAGAAGAAAAAAACAACACUUUAGACACAGCAAGGUAAUCCCUAAAUCCUGGGCUGGUAGGGGGUUUUUGAGGACUGGGUUGGGAACCCCUGGACUAGAAUAAUAUUGCCAAUACUAGGGGAAGGACAGGUAGGUGUCUGGAGUUUAACAGAUUAUUAGCUAAAGUGAGAAUUGUCAGGAUGUCAAGUGUACUAAAUGUAAGUUUCAGAUUUAAGGCCAAAAUAGCUGAACUGAAAACAUUGUCCAACAGCUGGUGAUUUACUUUUUGUCUAGCCAUGGAUCAGUGAAUAAUGGUUUUGCUAAAUCUGGAUAUUGUUUACAUUACUGUUAAUUCCUACUUGGCUACUUUGGCCAAAAACCUGUACAACGCAUUACCAAUGACCUCUUAGAUAAUGACCCCUGAUGUACAUUACACAGUCUCUGGCACAGAUUAAGCAUGGCUCUAAUGUGCUCCUAUGAGGAAAGAUUUAUGCAUGAUAUUUGCAUAUGACUAAAUUUACAUAUUGUUCUGGCAUUCACUGGUCUGGGCUCUAGACCAGCUCAACCCAAGUCUACUGCAAGGCAGGUAUUUAUGAUGUAUUGAGAUUCUGUGAUUCUGUUUACUUGUUCAGACUCUGUACGCAUUCCUAGCACUGGUGGAUGAUGUCAUGGACUGCAUCUCUCACAAUGCUCUUACAACCAUAAUUCCGGCAAAGCAUCAGGGGAGAUGUAGUCUACCACAUGUCUAGAUGUUACUCUGGUAUAGCUGUGGAUGUGCUUUUUAUUAUAAUCUGGCAUCAUAAUUCAUCAUCCAAACUUGUCUGGAGACUCAUACAAAUAUUAAUUAAUUCAUUUACAGUUAUUUGUGCCAGGAUUGUAGUGUAGUUGCAAGUAGUUUCGUGUUUGAAGUCCUAAUAAAGGGCAUGUAUUAUUCACACAAAUAGUUCAAAAUAGUCAUCAUUGCUUGGAACUCAAUUAGCAAUACUACUAAAAGCCAUUUUUCUAGUUACCGACGGAGCUAAAUGAUCAUUUUAUGAGGGUGUUGUACAUAAAAUGCUCAAGUUAGGAACUGUUACGGGUAAUGACUUGGCUAAAGGAUACUGUAAGCAGCAUAACCACUGUAGCUAGUAGCAGCGGUUGUGAUGCCCGGUGUAGCCCUAGGUGCAGUCUCCAUAGUGUUUUUGAAACCACUUCUAAUGGUUAGAUGAAAACCCGGUGAUUUACUGGCACAGAGCCCACAAACUCUGUCUUAAAUGUCCUGAAAAGGGAUUUCAUACAUGUUGUAUGGUGUGGGCAUGUAUAAUAUAGUUUUGUUGUGCAGCGACAGAUUGUUAGCCCUUGGCCUUUUUGGUCAUCAGAUAGUUUACGUCAUCGAUGCACUGCUGCAACUGGUCACAGCAGAAUCCUGCUAUAGACCAGUACUAAAAGACUAUCAUUACACACAAUGCAUAAUCUCACAGUGCAAAUUUUUAUACAGAUAGAGAUUUUUUUUUGUUAAAACAAUUUGACAUCAAAUCUUGCACCAUAACCACUGUAUUAAGUAUUUCUUGUUAUGCUUGAUAUUGUGAAAUAUAAAUACACACAUCCUUGAUAAGUUUCCAGUAGGAGUAGGUUUUCAUUCAGUUUUUCUUUUUGUGAUCAUUAUGUUAGGGCCCUUUAAACUAACUUGUUCUGAUGGGGUAGUUUUAUAUUCUCCCUAAAAUAAGGUAGAUAUCCUUGUCAGCAACACUGUAAAAAUCGGGUAUCUAUUAAAAAAUGUCCCAUUUAAAAUUAGAAUUUUGAAAAUUUCAGUGUAAUUCUUCAGUCUUUUUGUAAGAUACUUAUCUCACAGAGUAGGCUGCUGGCAGGCAGCAAUGUUAUAUCCUGACAUUAGCUGGCAAUUAGCAGAACUAUGAACACUUCACAGCUUCAGAGCUGUGAAACAGGGAGUUAACUCCCUGGUAAGUCUUAUAAUAAACACUCUGCCUGCCUGUCUGUAAUGAUAUAUAUUAUGGGGAAUGUGUAUAAGUGUAUAUCAAGAUAAAUUGAAGUCAGUUUGUAAGUGUGUACCUGUAUACGUUAGUGUUGAAGGGGUUAUGUGCAAGGGAAUAUGUGUUUUAAGUACGUAUUUGAUAGUCAGCAUGUUAAGAGUAUAUAUCUGUAUAUAGAUAUGUUGGAAUGUGAAUAUUUAGCUCUUUUGGGGGUAUUCUAAUCAACAAUAACAACAAUCAGCAUCUCAAUGAAUAUUUCUGAAAAUUUGAUGGAACUUGUGAAUGUGUGUUUGUGCAUGCAAGGAUUGAAAACCAAAUGGUAAAAUUUACACAAAACUAAGAAAUAUGCAAAAAAUAUCCAACUCCGUUACAAUUGUUAUUGCUAAAUUUUGCUUUUGAUAUUUUAAUUUACAACAAUUUGGUGCUUAGUGACUAAGUCGAAUAUAGAAAGAAUAUCUUUGUGUAUAAGUGUUUGUAUGUAUAUGUGAGAUAGUGUUUGUGUGUCUAUGUGUAGGCUACCAUCACCCUUCUUGCAGUUAAAUAGUUAAAUGCUACAAUGCUGACCUGUCUAGUGACAUAACUGAUUAUUUAGCAGAGAUGAUGCUGUUUCUAAUCAUUUCAACCCAUUGUCUGAUUUUGCACUGCCCCUAAUUCCUCUGAGUUUCCAUUGUACAACAGAGCAGGCAGUGGAGUGCAGUCACUCUAGAAAUGAGUCUGAUAGAAACAGAUUGUUGGUACGUUGGUACUCUCUCUCUUAUUUCACUGCUGGAAGAUUUCAAUGUCUCUUUCCCAGUAACUUUCAGAAGCCGAUUAAACAUUUUUAUGAAAGAAAAAGUAGCAUUAUCAGUCUCAGGUUUAAUUAAAACCAUUAUUUGAUUGCAGAAAUGGAGCCAGAUCUUCAGUGUUGCUGCAGGUGAAGUUACAGGGUAAUAAAGGUAAGUAGUCAUUUAAUUCUUGGCAUCCUGUAAUUUAUAAAUCAAGUCUUUUGUCCUCUCUUUGCCUUUUUCUAACCCUGUAAUCAUCUGGAGUUUCUACGUUAACACCGGUCAUUAAACUAUUUGUUGUUAGAAUAAACCUCAACUGAAACGAAAAACGAUUCUGCUUACGCACACUCCUUGGAACGUUCUCUGAACUCUGCAAUAAGAAUAACCUCGCUUUCAUUAAAACUGUACAUUGAUUUUUAAUCAGUAAUUAAAAUAGCUGUAUAUAAAAUGAUGGGGGAGAUAUUCAUAAAUCAGUGAAUUUUAGAGAAUUUAAGGCUGAACUGCAUAUAUUAGGCUAAAAUAACUACUCUAGAACAAAUCUUCAACUCAGUUACUUUAAUUUAUUCUGAAUUUUCUCAUUGUUAUUUGCUGUUUAGUUAUGUUGUUUCUUCUUUGUGUCUGCCUGAGCAGUAUGGGAGUUGUAGCUGGCAGUUGGUAGGUUAACAGGUUUUAAACUUAGAUCUUGCAGAAGGCUUGAAAAUAAAUACCGUUAAAGUUUACAUUCAUUGUACGUCGGUCAUCCACAAGUAAAAAUGUUAAAGCAUUAAUUAAUUACUUGCUUUAAUUCAGAUUGUUACGUGUGACCAAUUCACAAUAUUUUACUAAUAGUCAUCAUAAACUUCACACAGUUUCAGGUUUGAUAAAAUAUUUUUCUUAACUCGAUUUUCCUGUUUCUCUAAACAUGAAUCUAACUAUAGGUAAAUACUUGCAACAACAAAUUGUGUUCUCAGUCUAAAUUCGCACGGUAGUUAUGUUAUCUUGUGUGUCCUAUUAUUGGGUUUGUAGAGAUAGAAGUUUCUCGGAACAGAACGUGUUAUCUGAGACCACAUAUCAAAGUUUUUGUUUUGGAAUUUUUUUUUUAAAUUUAAAAGUAGAGUAUUUUCCAUGAUGUUUGAUAAAUUUGUAUAUUUUGGCAUGGUUCGUAAAUUUGAAGUAAACAUAUGUGCACUUGCUUAAUUUUCCCUGACUGAUAUGCACCGAUUGCAUCAGAAAGUAUUCCACCAUCUAUUUUCAAUAGAAUGUCGACCAAAUAACAUAAAAAUUUAGCACAAUCAGAAAAUUGAGAUGGCACAUUGUUUAAUGCCUUGCUGAUCUUUUAAGGAAACAUCUAAGUUACAAAAUACAUAUUUUUUUAAGGAUCCUUUUUUCAAAAUAGAAUGAAAAACAAUCAGGGAAUUACAAAUUUUAAGCUAGACUAUAGGAAUUGAAAAUUUCUCCAAUGAAGCUAUUGGGCUAAAAUGUGUCGCAAAUACCAAGCAGUUUUCAAAUGUCAGGCUGAAAUUUGAAAUGUUCCAGUAAACCAUUAAAUGCUCCAAUACCAUUAGGUUGGGUGAUGAAAAGCGGGGCUUUCACAACAGAGAUGUAGCGACACUUCCAUGGUGUUAAGACCUCCGUAGAGGUCAGAUCUCGCCAUAUGAGUGACUUAGUUAAACAGUGACCAUCACUACCAGUGAGAUAGUGUAGUGAAUAGAGCUUCAGUUGCAGUAUCUCAGAGACACAAGCUUGAUUCUUGACACUAGAGUCACGUCAGUGCACUUUUUCAUUCUUCCAAGGUCAAUAAAAUGAAUACCAUUAAGUUGGGUAACAAUUAUCCCUAGAUACCAAGGGAUUUCGGCAUUUGGGAUUUCCGUAGAAAAGUCGAAAUCUAGUUCUUCUGGUUAAAACCAGUGAUGGUAUUACUGUCCUAUGUUGUUUCUAAAAUAUUUUUCAAGGUUUUAUUCUCUCUCUCUCUCUCUAUGUCCUCCAAACAGGAGAAUCUUGGGUAGUAUCUUCUAGAUCCUUUGAUUUUGGAACAACGAAUGGAUAAUGGCUGCAGAGUUUAUAAAGAGUUGCUGUAAAGGGUGCUUUUACAGUGACAAGAACAAAGGUAUGGACGCACUGGCUAUUAUAAAUACUAUUCUUGUCUUGAGAUUGACUCCUGGUUGACUAUUGGUGUAAUGGAGCAAGAUAUGUAUGGGGGUUGAUUGGAGCAUAGAAACAUAGAAUGUGACGACAGAUAAGAACCAGUCGGCCCAUCUAGUCUGCCCAAUUUUCUAAAUACUUUUAUCAGUCCCUGGCCUUAUCUUAUAGUUAGGAUAGAAAGAAACGCGUUAGAUCGUAUUCAUAUUUUCUAUAUUUUAUUUUAAUGGGCAAUUGUGCCUAAAAUAAAUCUACUUAUUCAACACUUCUGAAUUUUGAACCUGAUUGUAUCUGGAGCUACCUGAGCCUGCUAAUUAGUCACCAUCCUCUACGGUGGAAGCGGUCCAGCACAAUCCCUUAGUGGAUUUUAAGGCGCUUUACUCAUUUAAAUCCUGUGAGUGCAACCAUUAUUGCAGUGUCUUAUUUACUUAACUGUACAUCACCAUGUUUUUUUUUUUAUUCUUUAUUUUUAUCAUGCUUUGAGUAAAUAACAUACAAGCUCGUGGUGCCCCAAUAGUAUUCCCCGAGCAUAAUUUUCAGGCAUAACAGUUGGAGCAUUGAAAUUAUCGGCACAUUUUGAAAUGUUAAAGUAAUGUUGCUUAGAUCAGAAUGUUAGUAAGUACAAGUUACAUUAGCAUGGGUUAUGAUUACAAGAAGUUAAUUAACAUGUCUGACUUCAUCAUCCUAUCCAGCUACUAAGUUGCUUGAGGUCUGUAGCUGGCUGUAUAAUUAGUGCAAUUAUAUGAUAAGCAGGCAAGUGUACAGAUGUUUUUAUACAGCAAGUAUCUUAGUUGGGCUAUUAUUCAUAUAUUUAUUUUUGUUGGGCAUUGCAUUACACUGAUGUAUAUCUGUCACUUUAGAAAAAUAAACAGAGUGAUAUUGCACAUAUUACACAUAUACAGUGAUUGCGAUUAUGUGUGCUGUUUAUUUUUAUAUUGUAGCUUGUAGCUGUAUCCCUAUUUCCUGUGUUUUCAUACAUCUUAUAGCUAGGAUAGCCUUAUGCCUAAUAAAUAUUCUGGUAAAAGUUUUUACCUCAUCUGGCCAUGAGGAGUUGUUCAAAACUGAAUUUCAAAUGUGAGACCAAAAUAGAUGAACUGGAAGCAUAGCUGACUUGGAGAUUGUUUCUAAAUCAGUCAUUUUUGCCUACAUUUGAAAUUAACUUUGAAUAACCCUCUGAAUGUCACAUCAUUCGGGAGAAGAUGAAAGAGUUUGAGAUGGGUUGAGAGAGAGGGUGUUUGACAGAGAAUGGGAGAAAAGAUGUACUUUGGCUUGGACUGGGGGCAAGAACUGAGCCAGGACGUCUUUGUUCAGGAACUAGUUUGAAUGGAUUGAGGAAGUGACAUUGACUGGGGAAAGGAAGUAAGCUGGCGAAGACUCGAGGUGGAAAAAUAUCGAGGCCUGGUCUUUUGCAUGCAAUGACUCAUAAAGUUAUUCACUAAAUUGUAUGAAUUGUUUGAAAUUCAAAGUGAUUUUUUAUUAAAAUUUUAGGCUACAGUAGCCAAAUUGGAAAAUAAAAAUCCUAGUUAACUGUGUUCAGUUUGGCUAUUUUGGCAUCAAAUGGGAAAUUUACUUUGAAUUCACUUUGUGUUACCAAAAAUUCACAAUUUAUUUAAUAACCUUACCAGUGUAAGGAAACAAUUUGACACAAGACAGUGGGCAUGUAGCUAAAUGGGUGUAAACAUGAAGCGGUAACCAGCUUGGUAUGAAGAGACUGGGAGCAGGCAACCAAUUUGGCAGAGGAUCCACUUUGGCAUUGGGUGGGGAAUUUGAAGCUGCUUGGAUGGGCUGAGGGUACGGGAUCAGUUUGACAGAGACAGAGCAAGGCAUGACAAAGAAGAAGUAUGACAUUUACAGUCGACAGGUAUAAAUGCUUUACAUGCUGGUUUGUGGAAUCCUUGUGAAAGGUACCGUUAUUCAUCCCACAAUGAUAACGCAUACUGGUUUUUGUUAGAUGACACAAGACGUUGUGGGAGUGCGUAUAGACACUUGGGAUGCUCCACAACAAGAACUCUUUGGACAAAAACAUUGUCUGAUCAAAUUUAGUACAUUGCUAUUUGCUAGUAGAGUAUUUAUCACGUUAUUGAUCAGUGAGAAAGUGGCUUGGAUUGAAUGGAAUCGUUGUCCUAUUGCCAGCCUUACAUGUCCCUUUAAAUGUCGUUCUUUUAGCGCGCUGUUCAUGAGUGAGCUGGCAUUUGAUUUUGCAAACUCGAGGAAUAAAAGCCAAAGGAUUGGGAGGCACCAUAUUUCCUCAUAUAUUUACUAAGGGAGUCCGUACACAGGAACUAUUAUCUCACUACUCCUCCGUGUUACUCAGUCAUCAUCUUGGACUGAUGAAAUCGCUUCCUUUGCUAUUUCUUUUGGAUAGCCUAGCCUAGAUGCUUACUUACCCUAGUGUGCAUUAAAAUUUAACACUUCCAGGGCUAUCUAUAAAACUUUAAAAUGUACUUAGAAUCAGGAGUGGCAACAGAACUUUAAAGGAACAUCAUAGCGUUAGGAAUACAAAACAGUGCUCAAAAUGCUUCAGUUUUCCUGUCCCUUGUUAUAGAUGUUGUCUCCCCCAUUUGUGCCAUAAAAACAAUGAAAAUGGUCCAUUUCAACAUUCCAAUGAUCCUCAUAGCGGAGCAUUGGAGACCCGAUGCAGAUAUAUGGCAAUCAUUUUUUAUUUUUUUUUGUGGUAAUUUCUCCUAAUAUGCAACAAACUCACAUGAAUAAAUGGAAAGUAAUAUUAAAAAAAAUAUCCCUCCACAUGUAUCCAAUUAUCAUUACCAUUAUCACCACUUUCAAACAGAGAAGGUUAUUUACUAAAUUGAGAAUUCUAAGUAAAUUUCAAAAUUUAGGCCACAAUAGCAGAAUUAAAACUCUUCUUCAAGUCAGUUCUGUUUUCAGUUUGACUAUUUUGUUUUAAAUUGUUUUUAUUUUGCACGUUAAGUGGGAUCAGACAUAGAUCAUAUGCGAAAAAAUUGAUGCACUGUUGCCUUCGCAGAGGCGCAAUAAAUCAGAUAAUACACAUAUAGUGCGUAUGGUUGCCUGCGCAGAGGCAUAAAGGGCUUCAAAUAUAGGCAUCUUUAGAUCAGUCGCGUUUAACCAGUGUCGGCAUAGUGCACUGCACAGAAAAACUUAGUCUGGUUUGAUUAAUGGCAAUUUACUUACACAUAACUGUAAUGCUUAUAAUAACAAGGUUUGUAAACUUAUAUUGCUUAAAAUUAAUGUUACUAGUAAUACGGAUGAUCUGCAUGUUUGCAGCUUACUUUUAGAAAAUCAAAUAAAAUUUGCGGUCAUGUGUUCAGCUUAGGUUUCCUUUGCCCUCCGGCCUGAGUGCUUAGUACAUGUUGAGAGCAUUAUGGUGUUGGACAGCAUAUAUCGGUGUCAUGUAAAACAUUGCCUGUGUAGGCUAAGCGAAGCAGCUAAUUUGCAUAACAAUCAUAUGGCAGAGGCAUGUACCGGGAAGCAUAGUGUUGAUCAGUUAAAACGGUCAAUGCCUGGUAAGGCGAAGAAGUUACCGUGUGCGGGCCUAUGUUGCGGUACUCAUGAUACGAAUGGAGUUUGCAGCUAUAUGUUUAAACUUGGCAAAAACAAGAACAUGCUGUUACGAGCUAGUGCUGUAUAGGGAGCGCGUUAAAAAACGAUUGAACCAUUAACUGAGGGGUAUAUCUUCGUUAUGCAUUUUAGACCGUUGCACAGUUGUGUGGUCCAAGUUAUUUCCGGUUACUUGUAGACAUAUGGUCAUGCGGUCUGGUAUUUAAUGUUGUUGGCCUGCUGAGAAGGCUAGCGUGUUAGUGUGUGUUCUGUGUGCUGUGUGGUGUGUGGGUCUGUGUGUGAGCCUCAAUCAUAUGGACCGUAUUUGUCAGAUAGUUUGGUUCAGAUUCUGGUGUCUGGGUGUCUGUGAGUGUCUCAUUUAGGAUGUGUUCAUGUGUGGGAGGGUCAUGAAUUUGGGAAAAGGGAUGGGUUGAAGAACAGAACAGAAUGAGGAGAAGAGGGAUGUGGGAGGGGAUUAGAAGAGAGAGUAGCAUUAAGACGGGUGGGCAUCUCCGCCGUCCCACCGAUCUGUACCCCCAUUCUCCGUCCCAGACCGACCAGCCCCGCCGUCAUCACCUGUGGUCAACUCUCGCUGGUUCCCUGUCCGCUCCUCCCUAAGUUCUGGUGUAGUUAAGAGGGACACGAAGCCGUCUGAGGUGACAUAUUUCAGCCAGUAGAACCACCUCUUCGUGUAUUUUUCUUUCGCCAUCGCUGUGUUUGCCUUCAAGUCCUCGAAGUUCCUGAUGUUCUCCACCUCCUCCACCCAUCGUCCGAGCGGGGGGGUGCGUGGUUGCUUCCAAAAGAUAGGGCAGUUUGACUAUUUUGCCCUCAGAUUGGAAAUUUACUUCAAAUGCCAGGCUUUUCUGCUUUUGUGAAUAGCUUUGUUGAUUUGCCACGCAUAAUCUCUGUGCUGCACAUCCAACAGAGACCCUGAUCUAAUAGUGUAGGGUAAAUUAUACUCUGCAUAAAUUAUAUUUAUUUUAUCUAGUAAAAUAUAGUGAUUCAAGUAAAAGGAACACUCCUUGACACCAUAACAACUUAAUUCCGAUGAGGUCGUGAUGGUGCCCAAACUGUACCUUUAAGGAGUGUUAGUAGACAUUUAUUCCUUCCUAAAUUUUGUAAAAUAUUAGCCCCAGGGAAAUUCAUUUAAUAAACAAUGGACUGUACUCUCAUACCUCCCAACUGUCUCUGAUCAGGCAGGGUAGUCUUAAUUUGUAAACUCUGUCCUGCCAUCCCGGAUUAUUCAUCUGGUAUUCCUCUUCUUAGGAACAUUAACUGAAAUAAAAAAAUAUACAAAAUGUGUGUGAUAGUGGUCCUUAAAACACUUGAAUAAUAUAUAUAUAGGUGAUAGCAGCUGUAACACUCAGUGGACAGCCCACGCUGUGAUUCACAUUAAAUUCAACAAACCAAAACGAAUUGUUUAGGUGAUAAACCGAGAAAAACAAUUAAAAUGAUUUAAGUGCUCAGAUGUGAUAUAUAACUUGCCCUGUUUUUCAUGUGAUCCAUGUAAAAAUUUAAGUCAAUAAAAUCAAUCCAAGCCAGUGUUAAUUUUGUCGACUAACAAUUUAGUCAAAUUUUAGUUGGCUAACAUUUUUGAGAUUUAGUCGACAAAAACUAAAACAAUUCAGAUGACUAAAAUACGACUAAAACUAAAAUGGCCUUUUAGUCAAAAGGCUAUGACUAAAACUACAUUGAAAUCAGCCGCCAAAAUGAACACUGAUCCAAGCACACAAGUUAGAGCUCUUCAGACUGUGAAAGACGAUAACGAUAUACUUACACGUGUGCUUCUUUGCAGCAUGUACACUGAGCAAUCACACUUUCAGGGUUAUUCACAUAAAGUGAGAAUUGUUAGGAUUUCACUAGCUGUGUUCAAUGGGAUCUUGGCACAUUGAAAUAAAUGACAUUAAAUAUGCAACCACAAGGUGUGAAACAUUGAAUGUGAAGUUUUAUUACAUUUGGUGGAGAUCGUUCCACAGAUCUUACUCAAAUAUUGUCAGAACUGUAAAGCAAACACAUCAUAUAAACAGACAUUUGACUUCUAUGAGUUUGUGUGUCGUAUACAGGACAGCACAUACAUUUUUUUUUACAAUUUUAUUCUAACUUUUACAUGUUGGGAUGUAUUAGGAUUGACUUUUUCACAAUGUUUUCCUAGACAUAUAUCACUUGUGCGCGAUGUGUCGUGCUACAUAAAAUAUUCUGUUCUGAAGUAUACUGAAUUAAAGUGUUAUUUUGCAAGGAAGUCCCAUGCCUCUGACCCCCUCUGCUAACAACUUAGAUCUCAUUCAGAGCUGCCACAGUAUGUAGUUUUCUUCCUGCCCAUCCAAUAACUGUAUGAUGGGCUAUGCAAGGGAAAGACAAUUUUCGCCACUCCAUGUGUUGUGGACCACAUCUCCCAUGAUGCUUUGCUAGCAUUAUGGCUGUAAGAGCAUUAUGGGAGAAGUUGUCCACAACAUCUGGAGUGCGAAAGGUUGCCCAACCAUGCAAGUUUCCAUAUACUCCACUACUUACUGUGAAGGAGCCUGAACUGUUUUGAUGUGAUCACAGCUAUAGCUCCAUUCGCAGAACUGGAUGAAGCUGUUGUGGAUAUGGAUCUGCUGAACUACAUAUCCUAUGAACCUCUGCUUUCCAGAGAAACAUGGUAGAUCUGGCAGCCAUAGAUGUAUUGGAUGUAUCAUGUGUAGAUGUAUCAGGGAAAUAUCUUAAAAUAAUAAAACUUACAGGAUCAGAAUCAGAUCAAAGAUGGGGCACUAAAGUAGCAUUUAAAUUAGGUAUCUCAAACUCUGGCUCCCGAGAUUUUGCAAAACUACAACUCCCAUGAUUCCCUGGAUAUCUGCUUAAUUCAAGUAUAUUGUGGGUUUUGUAGACCAUCAACAUCCUCCCAGCCAGAGUUUGAAAUCUGUGAUUUAAGCCAAAACUGAAUGUUCACGUUCACCUUCCUGAAUACAAGAUAAGAUUUUUGGUUUUCAUUUUAUACUUUAAUCACCAUAACCUCUAAAUUUAUAAGCACCGUGACCUCCAAAUCUCAUUGGAGUAUUUAUGGUGCCUGGAUUCACAGUUGCCAUCCAAAUAGUUGUUGUUAAAUGACUUUUGAGUGGUUUAACCCUCAGUGAGGGUUCACAGCACCUGCAUUCAGCCUAUCACAAAUUGGUGUGGCUAAGGCAAAGUGUAAAUCUGUAGGCACCCAGAAGCAUUUACUCGUACAAGCGAAGUUUGAUGAGAAGUGAGAUUAAGUGGUGAUGGUGCCUAGAAUGUGCUUACACCAUGCAAACACAGACAGAGAGAGAUAUCCUUGUUUGACAUUAAUGGAGAUUUAUCAAAGUGUUGUGUUCUGAAAAGUAGUUUAAAGAUGUAAAAUGGGAGAAGUCACCAAUAGAAAGUGUCCACGUUUUUCAGUGAUUUCCACGGCCCCACUUUUUGUACUUUGCAAACAUUUUAAAGAACAUGACUCUAUAGUAAAUCACCCCCACUAUGUUCAGUAUAAUCUUACCCAGGUAAGAUAACAAUGUGCUUUCAUCUCUUCCAGCUCUGACUGAAAAAGACUCCUCUGGUGAGGCCAGAAAAGGAUCCCAUAUUGUGGGCUUGCCAGCAAUUACCUCGGUCUCAAUAAAGAGACAAGUGGGAUGUACAGAAGAUUACUUGCUUUCCAAACUGCCAUCUGAUGGACGAGAUGUGCCAUUUGUCGUUCCAACAUUUAAGCCAUCCUAUAUACAACCCCGAACCCUUACAAGCCCAUCUCACCAGGACGGAAUUAAAGGUAUUGCUUAAUUCAUGUAAGAGUGCAUAAGUGUACACUGACCAGCCACAACAUUAAAUCCACUGACAGGUGAAGUGAAUAACAUUGAUUAUAUCAUUACAAUGGCACCUUUCAAGGGGUGGGAAAUAUGAGACAUCACGUGUACAGUUAGCUCUUGAAUUCCAUGUGUUGGAAACAGGAAAAAUGGGCAAGUGAAAAGAUCUGAGUAACUUUUUUAAAUGCCAAAAAGUGAUGGCUAGAAAACUCGGUUAGAGCUAGAUGAGUGCCCAAGACUCUUUGAUGCAUGCAGGGAGUUAAGGCUAGCCCAUCUGAUCCGAUCAACCCGAAGAACUUCUGUCGUUUAAAUUGCUGAGAAAUGUAAUGCUGGCUAUGGUAGAAAGGUGUCCGAACACACAGUGCAUCACACUUUGCUGCGUAGACGCAGACAUGUCAGAGUGCCCAUGAUGUCCACAGUCCACAGCCGAAGUGCCUCCAAUGAGGACGUGAGCAUUAGAACUGGACCAUGGAGCAAUAGAAGAAAGUUACCUGGUCUGAUGAAUCAGGUUUUCUUUUAGAUCAGGCAGAUGGCCAGGUGUGUGUGUGCGUGCGCGUCAUUUUCCUGGGGAAGAGAUGGCAGCAGGAUGCACUAUGGGAUGAAGGCAGGCCGGCGGAGGCAGUGUUAUACUCUGGGCAAUGUUCUUCUGGGAAACCUUGGGUCUUGGCAUUCAUGUGGAUGUUACUUUGACACAUAACACAUACCUAGAGAUUGCUGAAGAACCCGUACAUCUCUUCAUGGCAAUUGUGUUCCCUUAUGGCAAUGACCUCUUUCAGCAGGAUAAUGUACCCUGCCACACUGCAAAAAAUUGUACAGGAAUGGUUUGAGGAACAUGACAAAGAGCUUAAGAUGUUGCCUUGGCCUCUAAAUUCCCUAAAUCUAAAUCAGAUUGAACAUCUUUGGGAUAUACAGGAACAACCAAUCUGAUUCAUGGAGUCCCCACCUCACAACUUGAAGGACAUAAAGGACCGACUGCUAAUGCCUUGGUGCCAGAUACCACAGGUCAAGGUCAAAACUCUUGUUGAGUCCAUGCUUUGACCCAUCAGAGCUGUCUUCGGACCUAAACAAAGAAUUUGAGAACUCCGAGAACGGACAAAAGCUUAGAGAAACUCAGUAGCUUGCCCUGCGGUAAAUCCUCGCUCAGGUCUCAAAAUAUUUUUGGCUCACUUGUCCCGUUACAGAGAGAACAUAUCUGAAGCAUAUCAGACUAAUUCUACCUGUAAAAGCAGUCCUGAAUAGAAAUGCCAGCAAGUUCUCUCUGUCUUCGAACCUACACAAUAGUAGGCAGGCGGUUUUAAUGUUGUGGCUGAUUACUACAUAUAUACCUAUAUGUGGGUAUGUUUGUGUACAUGUAUAGUGUUAAAUAAUUGACAUUUAUUUAUCUUUUCCUAUUGAGGAUCUGCCAGAGCCACCUUUACUGAUAGAAAAGCAGAGCUUUCCAACUUCUAUCAACAAGGACCCAACUUAGAUGUAAUUUACAACCCCAGCUAUAUCCCACCGCAUAUUUCUCCUGAUCUGAACCGGCGAACCAAGCUGCAUGCAGACCCUGUUAGACUAUACGGAUCAGGUGAGACUUUACGGGAGGGAUGGGCAUGGGGCUCUGUUACACCAUGUAGAUCAGGUGAGACCUGUAUGAGAUGGGCAUGGGGCUCUGUUACACCAUGUAGAUCAGGUGAGACCUGUAUGAGAUGGGCAUGGGACUCUGUUAUACCAUGUAGAUUAGGUGAGACCUGUAUGAGAAGGGCAUUGUGGGUACCUGCCUACAGAUGCUGGGCAAGUGGUACAGGUGUACUGUUUCUCGGCAAGAGGCAUCUGUCUUCACGUUAAACUUAAAAUCAAUUAUUUUUCAAUAAUGAUAAAAUGUGUUAAAAUGUUGAAUUUAUAAAGAUGAUGGUGCAAUAUAUACUUACAAAAUGUAUGCAGAAAACUAUUAAGACAAGAAAGAAUUUACAUAUUUUUUCUUUUUUAGUUAAAAAACAUAUAUUUGUUCCUUAAAAUACAUAAUAGUAAUUAAUUUAACAUCAUAUCGAUUGUCCCAGAAUAUCCCCAUGUCCCUUUAAAUUAAAAUACAAUGCAGAAGUCUGGCUGUCUCUGGGUGUAAGCUACAUCUAUGAGCAGACGAUGAACAAUUUUAUAUCCUUUGUUCCUGAUGCUUUCUCAAUCCUUGCAGCGGUCAGUGUUAAUAACCAGGAACAAGUCAUGUGUUACUAGUGAUGACUGUCCCACUAAUCGCACACAUAUUUAUAUAUCCUACAAAAUAUUUAUCAGUUAUUUAAAGUUGCAUUGUCACUGGAAAUUCUAUACGCAUCAUCUUAGAGCACGUCUAAGGAAAACAUUUUUUUUCCAAUAAAAGAUUUCUUGAUAAUCUAGGGCAGUGGUUCCCAACCCAGUCCUCAAGUACCCAUUACCAGUCCAGGAUCACCCAGUUGUUUCUAAGGUGUUUUUAGAACUGAAGUUUCCUGUUCAGUGAGAAGAUGGGAGCUAAUUUGAAAAUCACAGACUCUGAUUGGCUGCUGAAAUCACAUGCUCUCUUAUUUUGGUAUCAGUUUCAAUUGUAUGUUGCAUUUGCACUGAAUAACUGUUAGGUAUUCAAAGAAAAGUACAGAUAACCUCCUAAGCGGAAGCCUAGGGAGGCUAUGUAUUUUAAUAUUUUUCUGACUUGUUUUCGUAAGAAAACAAUUAAAAUUGUCAGAAAAGGGGGACGGACCUAACUUCCUAGAUGACGCAUCGAUUGGAUGUUCUGAGUUGAAUGCGUAUUAAUCACACUUUUAUCAAAUUAUUUACAGCAUACAUUUAUCUGCACUGAUUGCAGUUACUUUACUUUACACUUGUGGGGCUCCUUCAUAUAUGUAAUUUUGACUCUGCUACGACCACGUUUUGGUGAAUAUGGAUUGUGGUAGGUCAACGUGGGUGACAGGAAGGUGGCUGAUCCCUCUGCCCUUGGAAUCACACAUAUCUACAGAAUCUACUUGAGUCUUCUAUAUAGCCCCCCGUCGGUGUGGGUUAUCUCACCUACCACUAUUGUUGUUGUGCCCAGUUGUACACUACAUAACGCAAGCCAUGGGAGCGGCAUUUCCUUUAAAAUGGUGGACACCACAUACUUACUUGACUCUAGAGGCCAGCAGUCUCCCAUCCUGAAUAGACUGGAUCAGUUAUUUGCAGCUUUCUGGGCCAGGAUCCACUAUUGAAUGCCACCUGUGCACCAAAAAAGAAGAUACCUACCUUUCCUGCAAAUUCUGUACUGGUUCUUUCAGUGUACAGGGAGGCCCAUCCACAUGAGCAAGCUGGGGCCUAUGGCUACAUGACCUGAGAGGCCAUGGAAAUCUUUGCCCCUUUUGUGCUCUACUUAUGCUGAGAGCUGGAAUGUAGCAUCUUCCCAGCCACAUUGGGACAAAGCUGUAGGGAGCUGAGCAGCAAACCACUGGACACCAGGGAUAAUGCGCCAAAUAUAAAUCAAGUGUGUGUGUGAGUCUAUGAAUGUGAGUAUGUGGUAUGUGCAUGUGUGUACGAGUCUGCAUGUAUGAAUGUGUGUGUGUAUGAAUGGGAGUGUUUGUGAGUGAAUGAGUGAGUGAAUGUAUGAAUGUUGGUGUGUGUGUGCGUGCGUGUGUGUGAAGAAUUAAAGCAUGUAUGCAUAUACAUGUUAGUGUGUGUGAAUGUGAGCAUGUAUCUGUAUGAAUGUUUGUGUAUCAAUGUAUACUGAACAAAAUUAUAAAUGCAAGACUUGUUUUUUCCCCCAUUUUUCAUAAGCUGAACUCAAAGAUCUAAGACUUUUUCUAAACCUGUCUUAGUGAGCACUUCUCAUUUGUCGAGAUAAUCUAUCCACCUCACAGGUGUGGCAUAGCAAGAUGCUGAUUAAAUAGCAUGAUUACUGCACAGGUGUACCUUAGGCUGGUCACAAUAAGAAGCCACUCUAGAACGUGCAGUUUUACUGUAUUGGGAGGGUCCAGGGGGGUCCAAAAACCAGUCAGUAUCUCGCGUGACCACCUUUUGCCUCACGCAGUGCAACACAUCUCCUUCGCAUAGAGUUGAUCAGAUUGCUGAUUGUGGUCUGUGGAAUGUCGGUCCACUCCUCUUUAAUGGCUGUGCAAAGUUGCUGGAUAUUGGCAGGACUUGGAACACGCUGUCGUAUACGCCGAUCCAGAGCAUCCCAAACAUGCUCAAUGGGUGACAUAUCCGGUGCGUAUGCUGGCCAUGCAAGAACUGGGAUGUUUUCAGGUCCCAGGAAUUGUGUACAGACCCUUGCAACAUGGGGAUGUGCAUUAUCAUGCUGCAACAUGAGGUGAUGGUCGUGGAUGAAUGGCACAACUAUGGACCUCAGGAUCUCAUCACGGUAUAUCUGUGCAUUCAAAAUGCCAUCAGUAAAAUGCACCUGUGUUCGUUGUCCAUAACAUACGCCUGAUCAUACCAUAACCCCACCGCCACCAUGGGCCACUCGAUCGACAAUGUUGACAUCAGCAAUUGCUUACUCACACAACGCCAUACAUGCUGUCUGCCAUUUGCCCUGUACAGUGAAAAACUGGAUUUAUCCUUGAAGAGAACACCUCUCCAAAGUGCCAGACGCCAUCGAAUGUGAGCAUUUGCCCACUCAAGUCAGUUACGCGGAAGAACUGCAGUCAUGGCGAGACCCUGAUGAGGACGACGAGCAUGCAGAUGAGCUUCCCUGAGACGACUUCUGACAGUUUGUGCAGAAAUUCUUUGGUUAUGCAAACCGAUUGUUGCAGAAGCUGUCCGGGUGGUUGGUCUCAGACGAUCUUGGAGGUGAAGAUGCUGGAUGUGGAGGUCCUGGGCUGGUGUGGUUACAAGUGGUCUGUGAUUGUGAGGCCGGUUAGAUGUUCUCUGAAACGCCUUUGGAGAUGGAGAGAAAUGAACAUUCAAUUCACGGGCAACAGCUCUGGUGGAUAUUCCUGCAGUCAGCAUGCCAAUUGCACUUUCCCUCAAAACGUGCGACAUCUGCGGCAUUGUGCUGUGUGAUAAUACUGCACAUUUUAGAGUGGCCUUUUAUUGUGGCCAGCCUAAGGCACACCUGUGCAAUAAUCAUGCUGUCUAAUCAGCAUCAUGAUAUGCCACACCUGUGAGGUGGAUGGAUUAUUUCGGCAAAGUAGAAGUGCUCACUAAUACAGAUUUAGACAGAUUUGUGAACAAUAUUUGAGAUCUUUGAGUUCUGCUUAUGAAAAAUGGAGGCAAAAACAAAAGUGUUGCGUUUAUAAUUUUGUUCAGUGUAUGUGUGUGUACAUAAAUGUGAGUGCAUGUGUUUGUAAUUUCCCUAACAAAAGGGUAUUAUGAGCAUUUCAGAGAAGCAAAUAAUAAAAUAAAAUUAUACAGUGUGUGUGUUUGGGGAGGGAUGCCUUUAUACAUUAAUUCCCUGGUACCAGAUAACUUAGGUACUCCCAGAGGCAUAACUAGAAUCCACCGGGCCCCGGUGCGGAAAUUUCCCUGGGGCCCCUCCUCCUUGAUGUCUCAUUCACUCAUUCCCACCCCCCUAUUUGUCUAAUUCCCUCGACCCCAAAGUCCAUUCCCUCCCCCAUCCCCUUCAUGUGUCCCAUUCCCUCCUUCCCCCAUCCCCUUCAUGUGUCCCAUUCCCUCCUCCCUCCCAGCCCCUCCAUGUGUCCCAUUCCCUCUGCCCUCAGCCCAUCUAUGUUUCCCAUUCUCUCCUCCCUCCCAGCCCCCUCCAGGUGUCCAAUAUCUCCUACCUCCCCACCAGGUGUCGCAUUCCUACCUCUAUCCCCCUCAUGUGUGCCAUUCCUACCUCUCUCUCUCCCCCCCUCCCCUCCAUAUGUCCCAUUGUUACCUCUCUCCCCCCUCUCUGUGUCCCAUUGUUACCUCUCUCUCCCCUCCAUGGGCGUCAUUCCUACCUCUCUCUCUCCCUUCCAGGACCAGCAUUUCCCGGCCUGCUGCGGUUCCCGGUUUGACAGAAAGUGCUCUGUCAGUGAGCACUUCCUGUCAGACUACUCGGCCACGCUACACACAGGCAGGAGGGGAGCUCUCCCCUCCUGUCAACAUCAGGAACCGCAGACCCGGGCCCGUGCAGCUGUGCACUGGCCCAUAAGUUAUCCAGGCAGCCCACAGUCGCAGCGGUCGUGGCUGCAGCUGGACCCUGUGGAGUGAGGGGCCCGGUUGCAGCUGCAACCCUGGUAGGAACACCACUGGGUACUCCUCUGAUGAGGCCCUACUUGGCUAAAUUAGGCUUUUUUUUUUUAGAUGUUAAUUUGCUAUGAUUCUGGAUUUUGUGAAUAACCUGUUUAAAGGGGCGCUCUAUGAGGAAGCACUGGAUUGGAUGAGAUCCUUAGUCUUGAUAAUCGCAGCCAGGGAGACUGGGUGGCAGCAGGGAGACAGGUGUGACACGUGCUGAUACUAAUUUUUACUACUUAGGGGAUGCACAGGGGAUGUUUGUAUUCAUAAUGCUAUAACGUUCCUUUAAUCCAGUGUUCGUCUGAACGCAACAGAUAAACACCUUUGCAUUUAAAUAUGUAAUACAUUGUAUUUGAACGGAAUACUGGGAGUGGCCGCCUCUGUUAUUACAGCUGUAAUAAUCACCUCUCCUAUUUCUGUCUGUGGAAGCCCUGAAGCCACUGGGUUUGGCAAUUGUCAUUCAGGGUUGAGUGAUGUGAAAGUAGAUUCACUGACAGCGAGGCAGGCUUGGUAAUUUGCAUAUCCCCCUGUGUAUCCUGGCAACUACUCCCAUAACGCUAAGACGCAUCUAGCCUGGCAGAUAAUUAUGGGAGUUGAAUUCCACAUGGCAACUGGGGAGUGCAGUCUGACAGUCUGCAGUAUGAGUCCAGUAUGAGACAGUCUGCAGUAUGAGUCCUCUUAGGAUGGAGUUACCUGGCUUGCAACAUGAUAGUCAAUAUGAAUGGUAUUACAACAGGGCAGCACUUUUCCUGUGCUUCUCAUUUUCAGGUAAAUGAGAAAUAUGAACAGGUGUUUUUGCCAGCUAUAUAUAAACAAUAUGAUAAAAUUAGGCUCUAAAAAACAUGUGAUUGUGUUGCCAAUUAAGGUUAAUGAAUUACUUACUAAAUAACUCUUUACAAUUUCGGGACAACUUAGUAAGACCUAACUAGCAGAGUUAGAAAAAAACUACUUGGCUAGUUCAGUUUACAUUGUUUCAAGUUGGUUCAAGGUCCUAUAACUUGCUACAUAGUGAAUAAACUUAAUAGAAUGUCUGUAUCAGUUUGCCAAUUUCAAAUAUAAGGGCUAAUAUUAAUCUGUGUCUUUUUUCAGUCUGCGAUUUGAGGAACAUCAAACCAUCUGAUUCCCAGGCCCUAAGCGGCUCGCUCUAUGAUCUGACUAGCUCAUCCAAGUACAUGCAGGUAUGAUAAUGUGUGUAAUACAUGGUCUGAUUAUAUUGUGAGAACAGAUCUAUUGUUACCCAAUACUCUGUACCUUCUCCAGGAAACCAGAGGAAUGAAGGGAAAUGAAACUCUAAUUGCGCAAAUGUGUACAGUGUAACACUUUAAAAGCACUUUCAAGAAGAAGAAUUGCAAGAGUUUAUUUAAAUAAAUUGCACAAGGGAAAUUCUUUUCUCAGUACAAAUAAAAUAAAAAUUCCCAGUUAAUUUUUUCCUCCUCAUUUUUCUGUUUGUCUGUUAUAAGGCACAGCUCAGUAGAAAUGAUCAUUUAAUACCUUAACUUCCAGGGGUUUUCCCACAAAGCCGUGAAUUAUAGUGAAUGAACAACCAAAUUGCAAAAUUCUCCUAAUCAGCUAUUUUGAUCUAAUUUUUUUGAUCUUUGAUUUUGGGUUUCAUUAGUCAUUGCACAAUAUAUCUAGCAAGAUUUCUAUCAUUGCACCAAAUGAGAAAAUAGGCUCAGAUUCAGGUAAAUUCUUUGGAAUGCCAUUUUAGUGAGACACUUAAUAUAUUACUUGUUCCUCAGUCAUCUAAAGGGUUGUCACGUGUUUUGAAGAUUGGUAAUUGAAAGUGCAUAUUGUGAAAGAACUAGGAAAAAAUGUGAAGUGUAUACUUAGUCCUUGGCAGUCCUUCUCAGUGGUUGUUUGGCCAGACAAAGCUCUGAUUUUUCUUUCCCGACCCCGAUAGGCUCCCUCUCUAAGACUGGUCACUUAUUAACUCAAGAUGUGGCAUGUUUGAAUAAUGGCAUAACCAGGGACGGACUGACAGUGGCCUGGGCCCCUGGGCAAAAUUAGCACCUGGGCCCCCAGCAGACCGAUAUAUAUGCUGGUAUAGGUGUACCGUAUAUUUGAUUGUAUGUACAUGUAAAGUGAAUGCAUGUUUCUGUGUGUAUAUUCACUGUGAGCGCUAGUGUAAGUGAAUAUAUGUAUGUCUUUGUGUGUAGUGUCAGGAUAUGUGGAUUAUUAGUAUAUUUGAAUACAUGUUUUUGGUUUUGUGAAUAGGGUAGUAUUUUUUGUGUGUGUUUGUGUAGCAUGGCAGUAUGUAAAAGGGAGUAUUUGUGAAACCAAGUGUUAAAUGUUACGAGCCACCUUAAAGGGACUCUCCAGUGCCAGGAAAACAAUCCGUUUUCCUGGCACUGCAGGUCCCCUCUCCCUCCCACCUUCCAUCCCCGGUUGCUGAAGGGGUGAAAACCCCUUCAGUGACUUACCAGAGGCAGCGAGAUGUCCCACGUCGCUGCUUCUUCCUCCGCUCAUGCUCCUCCCCUUCAAAACGUCAGCCGUCGGGGGAGACCUAAUACGCAUGCGCGGCAAUGCCGCGCAGGCGCAUUAGACCUCUGCAUAGGAAAGCAUUGAAAAUGCUUUUCAAUGCUUUCCUAUGGGAAUUUUAGCGACGCAGUGGGAGCAGGGGGGUGGGGGCUGCAGGCGGGGAGUGGGGUGCAGUGGGAGCAGGGGAUGCAGGGGGCAGGGGAUGCAGUGGGAGGGGGUAGGGGAUGCAGUGGGAGGGGAUGCACUGGGAGCAGGGGGGGUAGGGGAUGCAGUGGGAGGGGGCUAGGGGAUGCAGUGGGAGCAAGGGGGGUAGGGGAUGCAGUGGGAUCAGGGAGGUAGGGGAUGCACUGGGAGUAAGGGGGGUAUGGGCUCUGAUGGGGCAGUAGUGGGGGAAAUUAUAUAAUAAAACAUUUUAAUUUAAAAAAAAAUAAAUAAAGCCCCCCUCCCAAACCUUACCUCUCUGGUGGUCCUCUUCUGAAGGAGGGCACACAAUGCUGACAUGCUGCCUGUUAGUCUGCUCAGGGCAGCUCCUCACUCUGCACUGUGACUGUUGAUGUCACUUCCUGCAGAACAAGCUGCACGGAGCUGCCCUGAGCAGUUACAGGCAGCUCAGUGAGGCUGUGUUCAGUGAGACAGGCACACUGAGGGCAGCCUAGUGGGGUCUUUGGAAGGCCCCUUAGCUGUCCCUCAGUGUGCCCUGCACGGGGGAUUAUAUUUUUAGCAGCAGGGGCCCGCGGAAGGCUGCUCGGGCCCCUUACUGAGUGCAGGCUGGCUGGGGAGAUUGUUUUACUCCCCAGCUCAGCCAUUACUGCACUGCAGCAGGGGCGGGCCCCCCAGAGCCUCGGGCCCUCGGUCCAUGACCGAUUUGCCCGAGUGCUCAGUCCGCCCCUGGGCAUAACUGAGGUCCAUGCAAAUUUCUUUACUCUAAAGUUGUCUAACUUUGGCUUUUCAUUUGUAUGACUACAAUGCCUAGCAUUCUUGACCAGCUGUUGGCUUGCAAAGAAUUCUGUGAACCGAAGGCCCAACAGCUGUUGGUGGGAAAAUUUUGGACAGCUUUAAUCUAGUUGCACUCAUUUCAAUAUUUGUUCAAAAGACUUUUAAAUCAGGGUUCAAUUAAUCGGUAGUUUACUUAGAACUAUACCUCAUGUCAAAAAAUGUCUCCUGCACUUUUUUUUUUAAUCAAUCUUUAUUUAUAGUGAAAGAAAAAUACAAAUAGUGGAAACAACAUGCACUGAAGUACUAAGGAAUAAAAUAUCAUACAGUGCACACAGUACAUCAGAUAUGUAAAGCCUGCAGCAUUUUAAACCGGAGAACUAUAGAGUCAGUCUAGAUAUUUAAACAAAUCGAAUUCCCAACCGAAGACCUACAGCGAUACAUGACUUAAAGAUAAAUAUAUUCAAAUUGUCCCCAGUAUUCUCACAUUUUCUGUAUUGACUUAUACACUCAAAAUGUGGGUACAAGCUAUAAACGUUUAUUUUUAUUAAAAACAACUGCUUGCUACCCAACUUGAUAAUCCGCUCUGUACCUGGGAAUGGAAAUAAAUCCUAUGUUGGGAUAAAGUACUUGGAAAUUAGAUCAGUGGCAUCCUUCUUCUCAGAAUUGAAAUGUUCUCCCAUUUGAUACUUGAAUGAAUGUAUUGUGCUAAGAUCAACCUGACUGCCAUUUACACUUAAACUCAGACACAAUGCUGAUAGAUAUUAAAAAAAAAAUAUCACAGCAAUCCCUGUAUAAGGCAGACAGAGAAUUAUUUUCUGUAUGUGUAACAUGCUGAUCUUGUAGGCUACAACUCUCAAGAGUCUCAAGUAACCUUGAGAAAUAAGAUGUGUUACUGUCUAGCCAUACUAAUUCUAUAUUAAAUAAUAAUGAGUUCCCUAAUAGACCCCAAAUCUCCAGCAGAAGGCAGGUCUAAGUAAGAAAUUCUGUUGGACACGUUUCUUGGUUUUCAUGCUCUGCUCCAGAGGGGGACUGGAAUUGAUUAACCUUUUCAUUAAAAAAUGUUUUUAUUCUACUGCAUGUUUCAAUUUCUUUUUUAAAAUUUCUUCCCCCCCCCCUGUAUUUAUAUACUAUAUUUAUAUAUUGUAUUUUUUUCUAGUACUAAAUCAAUGGAGAGAUAAUUCUCACAAUGGUUAUAGAUUUCACAUCCCUGACUCCUUUAUAUAUCACUAAUGAUUAAUUGAAGUCAUGUAACCAUUUUGCAGAGAUACGAUUCUGUUUCCAGUGUCCGUAGCAGUAAUUCCUCCAGAAAAGAUUCCCAAGGCAGCAAUCGAAGUCUCGGUAAGUAUUUUAGUGCUGAUUCGUCUUUUCUGAAUUUUUUAAAUUAUCUGAAUUUGGUUGUAAAGCAAAGAGAAAGAUUAGAAUUUUAUUUUUUAGUUCCAUUGUCUUUACUCAAAUAAACUUUUUUGUUCAGGAAAUAUUUUUUGGUACUUUUAGGCCUGGGGAAUAUCUUGGUACAUGUGUAUAUUUUAUGUUUUGUAUUCAUUGUUUUUUAGACAAGUUUAACUUUUCUAGGCCAAAUGUAACAUCAAGCAGCAACAUUUAAAAAGUGCAAGAUUGAAAGUUUUUAAAGUCUGUAGCACUAAGCCUGGUGUGGUUAAUCUAUAUUGUAGAAUUACUGUGAAGGUUAAUGAGAAGUUUCAGUAAAAUUUGAAGCCAUUUUGUCCCAGAUAGCUUUAGAAUAUGUGAUCACAGGGAAUCUAGGAGAAAGGACAUGGCAUUAAUCUUGAGGAAUCCAUAUGACAAAUUGUGCAUUCACGCCAAUAUGACCUGUCAAUUCUUCGGGCAGACCUUCGCCUCUUCUAGGUGGGUUUAGCCCCUUUGAGUGGCGCUAGAGACACAUAUGUUCCUUUCUACCCUGCCCAUCAGCGUCCUGCUUUACAAAAUGCCAAAGGUGGGAGGUAUAGGAUACUCUUGGUACACACUAGGCUCGAGCACAAUUUCAGUGCAUUCAAUAAGCUUAGGUUUCAUAUUUGUGCAAUUUUUGUCCAUGUCCAAAUCUCUUUAAUUUUUCUAAAAAAAGAAAAAAGAUUUGGAACAUUCUGCAGUGUAACUCAUCCUCCUUAGCACCAUGUCCCAUACCCCUUCUUCAUAUCUCAUCUGGGUUUGUACUCUGCUAAGCCAAUGAAAGCGCAGUAUGAGCGGAGUUGCUGAAAUUCAUCUGCUCCCAACCAAUCACUGUCCUCUUAUUAUUAACAUCCUCCUUUACGCUUAGGACAGCUUUGAUAUGCUAAACUGAUUAGACAACCGUGAUUGGCUGUGGGGUGUAGUCAUAUCAGCAGCUCAGAUACACUAAUCUUUCACUGGCUGAGUUGCGCUGUUUACCUUCCAAUCAAUGUGAUUAAAGGAUGGGGUUAUGAUGCAGAGAGCUGCAAAAUAUUUUUCCUUUUUUUUUCUUCCUAAAACUAAAGAGAUUUGAAGAGGGAAGAAAACACAGUGAAAUGCACUUAAGUUGCUUGCUGUUCAGACUGUUCCUUUAACGCCAUGAAUAUCAAGAUGUCACCAAAUGACAUGUUAAAGAGGAGUUUAAAGUACUAUUCUGCAUUACAUUUAUUAAAGCACUCUGAAUUAAGUAGUUAUGGUGCUUGUUGAUCCUGGGCGCUGUCUCACCGUAAUUAGUUAAACCUUUUACGAACAGUUAAACUCAAUGUGCUCUUAAUGGCAUUGUUCUAUUGGGCAAUAUGUCUCCUCCUUCUCCAGUUUCAAUGGUUUUCCAUGGGUGCCAGCAAAAUGCGGAAAGCAGAGAGGCCAGGAAGACAGAAGCUGUUUAGAGCAAUUUGGGGUCAAGCUGGUUGUAAAUGGUUUAACCCAGAGGUGUAACUAGAAACCACUGGGCCACAGUGCAAAAAUUGCCCUCCUUUCCCCCCCAGCCCCUCCAUGUGUCUCCUUUCAUCUUCUGUAACCCCUCAAUGUGUCUCCUGUCCUCUCCCUCUAGCCUCACCAUGUAUCUCCUUUCCUCCCCCAGCCCCUCAAUGUGUCUCCUGUCCUCUCCCUCUAGCCUCUCCAUGUAUCUCCUUUCCGCCCCACCAUUUUCCAUGUGUCUCCCCCAAAUCAUCUCACCUCCAUGUAGUGUGGCUGACUGGACUGCGGUACCCAGCCUGACAGGAAGUGCUUGUUGCUCUCAGUGAGAAUUUCCUGUGAGACCGUGGUCUGCUUGGCCACACUACAUACAGUGACCUGCAGAAGUGGAGCGUGCUGUGUGCCCCCUCCUGACGGUCAUCUGGCAACCACGUGUUUCAGGCCAGUGUGGCUUUGCAACGGCCCUGGAGUUAUGCCGGUCAUGGGGAUCGACAGGAUGGCCAGGCCCCCUGGAGUGACGGGCCCAGUCGCAGCUGCAACCCCUGCAACUGCCACUUGUUUAACCCUAUAAAGAAAGAUGGCGCAAAGGACCUACGGGCACCAUAAUUAGUUAAUUGAGAGAAGUUGUUAUGGUGCCCAGAGUGGUGCUUUAUUUUUCUAUAUUAUUGUAAAUACAUUUUAAGCAUAUACUUUAAUUUGAUAAUACAUGGAAGAUGAUUAACUUAGCAGUAAUAUAGUUAAGCUGUAAUUACAAAAGACUGUCAUAUUUAUUAAAAUGUUAUUUUUGGGGGAAAACCUCAAAGUUCUAAUUUAGAACUUCAAGCAGCCAAUAGAAAAAAGCAAAGCAGAGCUUUCAUCUAGCAUUGGCUGAGUACAGUCCUCUCCAAGGUCCUCUCCUUAUGCAGUUUCCCUUGUGGUUUACAGAGAAUUAUGGGAAAUAUAGUGCACUUACAACUGGAGGUCCAUAGUUGGACACCCCUUCUCCACAGCAUGGCUAGUGUUUGUAAACAUUUCUCCACUAGGAAACUUCUUUCUAAAUAGUUUCUAUAAAAAGACUUUUGUUUGUUUCAGAUACAAUUACAUUAUCUGGGGACGAGAAGGAGUUUGGGAAGCUGAAUUUCAAACUGCGAUAUGUUACGGCCAUGGAACAGAUAUGGAUCACAGUAUUACAGGUGAGGACACAAACGUCUCAUUAUCCCAGUAACUGCUGAGAUGCCAGCUCAGCACAGUCUCCAAUUACACCUUAAUGCGGGCUUAAUCCUGUGUUCACUAACACCAGUGGAACAAGCAUCUGAACUCACCAUGCACCACCGGGUUAACCCUCUCACUGCCAAAGGAGCUUGGAAAGUGUCUGCAAUUUUCUGUAAUUGAAACAGGAUGUGCUCUAAUCUGGGAUAGAGAAUACCGUGGGUCCCACGAAAGAAGCUAAACACAGAAACAGAUAAAAAAUAUCAGUAAAUGCACCAUUUGUGUUUUCUUGUAAGAGAAUACUUUGUGAGGAAUGAACUGAGAGUGGAUUUAGGAAAUUAAAACCAGAAGCCAAAUUACAGUAAAUACAUUAAGUUUUGGAGUAAGAGGAUGUUCCCCAGCAUUGAUGGUUCUAGCCAUCAUGUACAGCCAUCUGACCGUGAACGCUGUUUUAUUCAUUUCAUUUUGUGGAAUUAUUUUGUUUGUUUUUUUUAAGUUUGUGUUGGGCAGAAUUUGAUAUAUGAGUAUCAACUGACUAUGUCAGACACACUGAGUAUGAAAACAUUUUAACAGGGAAAGGCUUGGAAAAUAAAUCUACCAUGUCUACCUACUUAUAUUUGGAGGCAUUGUGGGGUAGGUAUUUAAAAGUUUCUUAGUGUGAACUUAGUUUCAGGAUGCCCUGCAUUUAACUCUCAGAUUUUGGAUGGGUACGGGCAUUGUUGGUGCCAAGGUGUGACUUUUUGGAACUUUUACCUUAUCUGAGUUCAAGGUAGAUAUGUUUAUGAUUUCACUUAUCCCAGGGUGUAAAAGUUUGGGAGGAGGAAGUGCUGACCGGUCUGUAGGAAAAGCAUAUGAGAACUGCUUCUUGCUAUAACCCUCGCCAACUUUAACAGACUCCUCCUAUCUCUAACAGGAUAUUUUUUUUAUUCACUUAUCGACCCAAUUUAAUAGUUACAUUUGGUCGUUUUCCUACCUCUGUGUGUAUCUCUAUACCUACAAAUGUUGAAAUUUGCAUUCUAUUUACAUGUGAUUCAUGCCUCUGUACCACGUUAUACUACUUUGUUAACCUUAUAACUUGUUAAAUCUUCAAUAAAGAUCAAUGAUCACAAUAACUCUAUUGUUUCCCUUAAAACCAGUGGAUAGAUCUUGACAAAAUAAUACAUAUAAAUUCACAUGUUACUGAGUGCCAUGGUGCUCUGUAUAGGAUGCUUCAGUGGUACAUUCCCUGUUAUAGCAUUUAGACAAAUGGUGCUUGCAUCAAAUGGUCACAGUAUCCCAAAUGAUAUCAUCUACAAACCCAGAAAAUCCUAUUAUGCAGCCCAUAUAAAUGACCACAAUAGAAAGCAAAUGGAUUGAGUUACAAUAAGCUAGACAGGUUGGGUGGAAUAAUCUUUACCUGCAAUAUGGAUGGGGGGAAGGGACUCCAUUAAAAUAAUGGUCGAUGAGACAAUCCGAGUGGACAGAAAUAGCACAAGGAAGUAAAAACAAUAUAAAAUGCCAUUAUUGUUUUCCUUGAUUUACAAUGCUUUAUCAAAGGGCCACCUUUCACAUUUAGAUACUUAAUUUUCUUUAUUAUUGGAUUCUCAUCUGUUCGACGGAUUGCACAAUUAAUAUUGCUUUUAUAACUUGGAAAUGUGAUAAAGUUGGAAUCCACCCAAGUACUUUGCAGUUGUUACACAAAGUUUUUGAUAUAAAUGACCAUCGGUGUUCAGACAUAGCAGAAAUGUAAAUACAAUAAGUGCCUAGCUUUUUAAUUACAGCUUUAUAUUUAGCCCAUUUCAUGCCCUGGGUGUUUGGCAGUUUAUACUGCUGCCUACUUAAAGGGUUUCUCUAAUCACCAUGAUUUGAAGUGGUCAUGUUGCCUGGAGUCUGUAUGUGCAGCAUUUCAAAGCAAAACGCUGCGCAUAUAGAUCUCAGGCACUGUGACCACUUCAAAUCACUGAAGAGAUCAUGGAGAUAAACCAUGUUACUACACCUCCAUGCCUCUCUGCACCCCCCCUCGUCUUUUCUCCCACAUCUCCCUCUUCAUCCUGCAAGGGGAAGUGAGGUCAGACAAGGAGGAAUGGGCCGAGGUGAGAACUUGGACAUGGUGAUGGAACACUGGUACAUUCUAGAGUUUUGUUUCUUUUUUUAUUGUUUGGGGGGUGGGGGGGUGGACCACCUCAGAAAGGUUUACUCUGAUUUUACUUACAAAUGUUUUCUUUAGAGUAACCCAUUAAGUCAUUUAGUCACAGAAGUCAUUAGCUGGCUAUACCGCUCUCUGGCUAACUGUUUUGGCGCCAGAGGUGCCUUUUAGGUUAAACUGCUCCAUAUUUAAUUUGAUGCCAAAGAUAUUUCAUUUGACCUUUUAAAAGAUCCCAAAAUUAGUAUAGGACAUGAUGGAAAACUAUACGUGAGAAAUCCGCCUUUUCAUUUCUCUUAAAGUAAUUAUUAUAAGAAGAUAAAAACAUACCGGAUGAAAGAAAAUUAUGGGUUUUUGUUGAACUGAAAUCUGAAAUCUUGCUGUUGUUAAUGUUGUUGUUUUUUCCUAUAUCAGUUGAAAGAUUUGAGCUGGCCCCUAAGCUGUGGAGAAAAUCCUAAUAUCUGUAUUAAAGGGAUCAUUACGUUACCCAAAGCGGUGCACUUUAAAUCCUCCUCUAAGGAGGGAGCUCUGGUAAGUCAUGUAAUUUUACUGAGAUGUAAUUGAGAUAAACAUGUCUUUAUGUGUGUCUCUUCAUCUGUGGGAAAACAGUUUGUGUAAACAUGGGUUAGAGAACUCUCAUCCUCCCAAUAUUAUCAAACUCCAGCCCCUAUCACCCUCAGUGUGGUUAAUUUUAACAUUUUCUGUCCAACCACAAUCCUUACAUCUUAACGUACAGCAAAGUGGUCCCAGCACUUUCUGUAUGAACAUCAAGACUGAAUGCCUGCAUGUUUUUUGGUACCUAAGAAAGAAACACAAUCAGUUAAUUUUAUUUAUAUUAAAAAAAAUAAUUAAUAAUCAAAUAUUAGACUUCACUUGUAUGCUUGCUUUCUUAAUCUGUUAUGCUGGUUUACCAUGUUUAAGUAACAUUUAUUUUACUUAUACAUACCUUCUACUCCGAAGGCUGAAGGGGGAGGAAGGGGUUAAACGCUUACCUUUCUCCGGCGCCGUGCUACCUUGGCGCAGGGGACUCUCCUCCUUCUUCCGACGUCAUUGGCUGAAUGCGCAUGCGCGGCAAGAGCAGCACGCACAUUCAGUCAGUCCGUUUCUCAAUGCUUUCCUACGGACGUCCAGCGUCUUCUCACUGUGAAAAUCACAGUGACAAGCGCGGAAGCGCCUCUAGCGGCUGUCAAUGAGACAGCCACUAGAGGCUGGAUUAACCCUAAUGUAAACAUAGCAGUUUCUAUGAAACUGCUAUGUUUACAGCAGGCAGGGUUAACCCUAGAUGGACCUGGCACCCAGACCACUUCAUUGAGCUGAAGUGGUCUGGGUGCCUAUAGUGGUCCUUUAAGUAAUUUAUGCAAAUUUUCCAGCUGAAGUGGUAGAGGUUAAAACAGUGAGGGAGUUUAAGCAUGCGUGUGGUAGGCAUAAGGCUAUCCUAGAUAUAAGAUAAGGCCACGGACUAAUGAAAGUAUUUAGAAAAUUGGGCUGACUAGAUGGGCCGAAUGGCUCUUAUCAGUCGUCACAUUCUAUGUUUCUAUCCCACCUCAUGAUUAGCUUUCCAGGAACUGCUGGAACCGAGGUUAGAAUUAUUUAGAAAAUCUUUCAUUUCAAGAAUUAUUAACAUACUACAGAUGUAUGUUAAGAACAGUAAAAGACAGUAAUAAACCAUGAACAGUAAUAAGACAUCAGUCGGUGUAGAGACGUAUUUUGUGUCUACUUGCACAAGGUUAUUCCUGGGCAAGAUCAGUGAAGUAUAUUUGCUAUAUUUAAGUGCUUAUACUCAACUUGACCCUCUUGGCAGAGAGACUUGCUCAUAAGCCCUUCAUACUUUUACUGUUCAGGGGAAGCCGGUCUGGCUCACUCAGAUGAUGAGAUAUAGUCGAAGUUAGAGAGAAAGUAAGACCAAGAUGAAAGAAUGAGGGGAGAGGGGAGGAAGUUAGAAUGAUGAACUCUGCAGGCUUUCAGACAAGACUUGAAAUCGCAUCCUGCCAUACAUGUAAUUCACGUGCUCCUAGGCUUGAAUCAUAAAGGAUAUCUCAUUUUUACAUACUGUGGGGCAUUGCCUACAAGCCUCAUCUGACAUUGUUCAGAAUUGUUACCUAUCCUGUAUGGCUAUCUUGUAACCCUCAACUGAAGGCCCCUACGUUUCCAGUAUGUAUAGGCAUCACAAGGCUCCACACAGGGAAGGAAAGAGCACAAAGCUUUGCAGAGAACAAAGAAAGCAGUCAAAGGUUUUACAAGGCAGGAGAAAUCAGCAUAAGUCUCUGCAGGGGGUGAAAAUGGGACAAGAGGUUCUGUUUGAGACGGAAAGGAGUUGGUCUUACAUUCUGUAAGGUUAAAGAAGUAUCACAGGGCUCUGCAGGGGCGGGGUUAGGAGGCAGCAGCUAGAUAUAUGCAGUUAGUUACAUUACUGAAAUGGAACUUUGUAGACUUACCAGAUUUAAGCAACUCCCUAAAUCUGGUAAAGUUGCAAACAGAGCUUGUGACUGUCUUCUGAAUGAGACACUUAGACUCCUAAGAUGUCUCCUCUGUUCUUCUUCAUAAGGAAGGAGUUCCAUUGAAUCAGCAAACACAGGUUGGUUUAUAGGCUGAACAUCCUUGCAUUAUUUCCUAUAACCGUAGAAAUAAUCCUUACAAUAUAUCAUCAUCAUCCUUAAAUUAACACAUGGACAAUCCCCAUCAUCUCCUAUUUGAAGGCUUUUGAGCAUAUCCUACCAGCCACAAGAUCAGGUUGCCUAAGGCUGAUGAUUGGAAUUGUGAUACAGAAUGACAUCUUGGCCUUAUUCUCUGGGAUAUCUCAACUGUCCCCAUUUUCCAGCAGGAUAUGGAGUUUAUGGAAACCUUUGUAUUCUCCAUCAAGCUAACAAGUCUGCAGAACUCAAGACUAGUUUUCAAAGUUGUCAGUCUGACCCCCAGAAAGCGGACCAUCAGCCAGUGCUCUGUUUCCCUCCGGGACUUGUGUGAGGAUGAGAAGGAUUAUUGGCUAGAUGUGGCACCAUCUUCAAAAGUAUUGGUGAGUCAAACCACUCCUGUAUUUCAUGUAAACUUGUCUGCAACUGAAUUUUGGAAGCAACAUUUCAGUAUCUGAAUGUCAUGAUGUCUGAAAUUGUAAUAAUAUUUUACUUACAUUUCAUUGCCUUCAGCAUGAAGUUAGUAUGCACCUGCGCUCACCUAUGGAAUGCAUCAUAGGUAGUCCCAGCAGCUAAUGUUUGAUCCUGUGCCUGUAUUUGUACAUGUGGUUAAGUUAUAACAGAAUUGCAAACACAGCCCAAUACAUCUUCUAUUAACCAUAGGGGUCUAGAAGAAUACCCUGUUUGAGGAAGCCAAUCCUACUGUACCCCAUUUAUUUAUUUAGAUUUACCUGUUACUCAUUAUGCUUUAUUGUCAUUUCACGUGUAAAAAGUUUAUGUAUUUAGAACUUGUACUCUGCAUGUUGCAAUUUAAAUUUUGAGGGUUGAUUGAGUGAUACUCUAAUGGUACUACAAUCGUAACAAAGAAUUUGCAGCAUCAGUGAGGUCAGGGUUGGGAGGAGCCUACGAUUACCUGCUGUGGACUUGUGUUCUCAUCUUUCUUGACCAGACUUUGUUGGGUCCACAGCGUUUCAAGCAUUUCUAGGGGAUUGUGGGUACAUUGAUGUAAAAUAUAUCAGUAAAAACCUUUCACCACACUAAAUAUUUCACAAUAUAAACCGCAAACAGUUUCACUGAUAGGUUCUCUUUCUACACAUAGCAUUUUCUGUCCAGAAAAACAGUAUCUUUAGUCACAACUGGUUGACGUACAUAGUGUUCAUUGUCCGCUCCACGGAGAACACUUGUAUACAGCUUUUAAGAAGCUUGGAGGGUUUUUGGAGAGCCAUAUAUAUUAAACCUGCCUAAAUAGGUGGGUUUUAAAGCACUUCUUAAAAGACUGGAGGCUAGGAGAUAGCUGAGGGAAAGGACAAGAUAGGACAUUUGCAAUGGUGAUACCCUUGAGAAAUCCUAUAGAUUAGUACGAAUCAACAGCUGAGUGAAGGAAAAAGUGACAUUAAUUUUUAUUUUCAUUGAAGAGAAUAUAUAAUAGGGAGUGGAAUUGUCGAGUACUUUGUAAGUUAUGGUCAGUCAUUUAAAUUGACUAGUUAACAAAUAAACCUUUAAUGUAAAUGUUCCACCAAUAUAUCUAAAAUAAACAGAACUCAAUAUAGAGGUUUUGUUAUUUUUGUAUUAGUGUGACCUGUGUGAAAGAAUAUAUUAUUUGUUUUAAAGCAUAGCGUUCUACGUGUUGUCUUAGAAUGCUAUAGAACUCAGAGCUCUGUGACGUUAAUCCCCAUCGUAUAACAUUAACAAGAGAUGCGAAGGGGUGUGUGUAAAUACUGGAUUUCCCAGGCAAUGCAGGACAGGCUGUGCUUGACAGCUGUUUGCUGAAAUGUACGUGUAUUUUUUUUAUUUUUUGUUUUAUGGUUCUCUACGUUGAACAUAAGGUUUUCGUGCGAGAAUGUUACUGUAAUACAACAAGAGCUUGUAAUGGCUAGGAAAUGAAUUGCUCAGUGCAUUGUACCUGCCAUUGUGACUGUGCAUUAGUGUCUGACCUUUACAUUGACUUUGUUUUCACUUCUAUUUUACAAAGCUGUAUUAUUCUCCAUUUAACUCUAUCAUGCCUGGGGUCUGAUUAAUGCAUUUUAAAGCUGUAUUACAUAUGCAUUAUUGAGCCAUUUAUCCUGUCUCUGACCUAGGAAAGCAGGCUACCCCUAGGUAAAGUAAGCAACUCUGAAAAAUAGUUUGUAAAGAGAGAGAGGACGAUCCACUUAGUUGGCCUAGAUUUACAACUUGUUAUGCUGUUUGUUGUUUUUUAUUGUUUUAUUUUAAUAAGUGUUUUUUUUUUUUUUACUCUCAUCUCAAGUAAUACGGUUGUGUGUGUGACUCAACUCUGAGACGCAACACAGCAGGAAUUAUGGGAAUUGAAGUUCAACUACCAGAUUCCUACUCAAACCUGCAGUUAGCCUAAUUUAUUAAAACUACCCUGUACAAAGAUACAUCUGUGCUGUGAAAAAAACAAUUGAAGGUAAACAGGGCAAAAGCUAUAUGAUGCGACUAAUGUCUUUGAUAAGGAAAUGUAAAUGUUACAUGCCAGUGAUAUGUGGUCUUCAAUAAUUAAACAGUAAAACCAAUAUGAUGACUGUCAAUAACAAAUAUACUGGGAAUGGUAGGUGUCCAAAAAUAAAAAUAUAUUUCCCAUAAAGUCCAUUUUUAACUAUUUCAUAGCCGGGCCACUCUCCGGAGACAGUCUUAGCCCUCUACAUUGUUCCUUUAGGCCGCCAGCAUACCAAGUGAAAGUUCUUGCGGUUAUCAUGAAAGAAGCCAUUGUCUGCUAAUAUUUCUCCUGAACUGUCCUGUUUGUCCAUUUGCGCAGGUCUGUCACGCUGAGCUGCAGAUUGGGACCUGUUUUCAGGCAAUAAAUAGCCGGAUUCAGUUACAGAUUCUCAAGGCUCAGAACUUGCCUGGCUCCUCCACGCCACUGUCUCUAAGUAAGUCCAGAAUAAGUCUCUUGUUUGUCUGCCUCGUUGCCAUAGCACUUGGCAUCCCUUCUUCAUUCUUAAAGUCAGACGUAGUCCAGGUGGAUUAACCUGUUCCGUAAGAAAAGUCUUGGUAAAAAAAGGACACAAGCUAUGCAGAAUGUGGGUGUCCACAGAGGAUUUGAACCACGGCAGUGCCAUUUGGCAUACGUGAGAGUUGAGCUUGCGAUUUAGAAAGGUGGUUGUCAUUGUGCUUAACCCUUUCACUGCCGGAUGGGCUCAUUAUAUCAUCUAUUGCUCACCCAGCACUGAAAAGGUUAUUACUUUUGUAUUUUGACAUUGGGAAUCAGCAUUCAAUCAAUUUUAAAUAUGUAAAAAGUAAGCCCUGGGCAGCCAAUGGCAAUUUUGUAUUUGUGGGGCACCGACUAAAUGUCUAUAGCUUCAUGGACAGACACAAUAUUGGCCAUCUGAGCUUUAUGCUUUAAGUGGGAAGAAAUACGUUAAGACGGCUGUUAAUUCUAAAGCAAUGACACAUUCAGUAACGCAGUGGGUACAAGAAAAAUGAUAUACAGUGAACAAUGCAAGAAUUAAAGCAGUAUAUUGAGAGUCCUGCUCUUGGCAGCUUACAGUUUAGUGAGACUUAGAACACAGGUAAGUAUGCAUAAUGAUGUUAGCAAAACGCUUCUCAAUGUAUUUCUCUGACAGUCUGUAGAUCAAAAAAACUAAUAAUGUGAUUAUGUUUAUGGUAAAGUGCCAACAUUUUCUGCAACGCUGUACAAUGGGUACAUUAACAGAAGGUAGCAAUCAAGAGUUCAAUACAUAAUUAGACAAAAAUAAAAAAACAUCCAUGCCUGUAAUUCUAAAAUCUAGCAUGUGCAACAUUUUUCUAUUAGGUACAGAGCAAGUUGACCCAUGAGCUUACAAUGGAGUUGAUGUAAUGGGUAUAGAGACAAUAGGUAGCAGGGAUUGCAAGAUGUUAAGGCAAGAAAGAGUCACAGAAUGCCAGAGAGCUAUAAACAUAUAAGGACUAGAGUCCCCUAACAUGUAAUACACUUUGUUCCGCAAGUAUAUUAGAUCAUAUCUUAAUGUUUUGUAGUGAUGAUUUUAUAUAAAAAAUGCAGUUCUGGUGCAAAAUUCUAAAAGUGAAGCAGUCUCCAUGGGAACCAAAGGAAUAGUCCCUGUGGAUUUCUCCACUUUUAAAACCAACAUCUGUCUAUAACUUUUGUUUUCUGUUAACAACACAAUAACAUACCUCCCAAGUGUCCCUAUUUAGGACGGACAGUCCCUAUUUUGGGCCCAGGUCCCUUUGUCCUCUUUUCCUCUUAAUGUCCUUGUUUUCCAGGUUUUUUUGUUGGUGUGUCUGAGUGCAUAAAACAGCUCCACAGCAAUAACACACAGUAUUGUGUCUUUAAACUACAAUACAUGUGUUUAGAAAUCAGUCUAAAUAAGAUACAUUGUUCUUGUUCUGAAUUAUAUUUUAGUUGCAUAAAUUGUCAUUAGUAGUAUCCUAAAAUUUCUCAGAACACACCAUUUCUGGCCACACCCCCACUCACACCUAAAAUUAAAGUGCCUGUCUUUGUCCAUUUGAAAUGUUGGGAGGUAUGUAAUUGGGGUAUUCAGGUGAAACUGCGGAUCAUUGUUUGUGAGUAUGAAUGAAACUGAAAUGGAGCUUAAAGGUGUAGUGUGUAAAUAUAUACCACUAAACUCUCAACCUAUAAUGAGUAUGCUUGCUGAAUUGUAUUCCAAUCCCACUUUAUCCUACUUUACUUUGAUUUUAAUCUAACUCAUGUGAUGUUUAAACUAUUGCUAGCAUACUUCUGUUAAACUGAGUGCCGAGCACUCUCAGUAAUUUUUACCUCAUCCUCAAGUUUCACAAUUUGAUUGUUUCACUAAAGUAAAGUUUCAGACUCUGAAUUUUUCCACUCGUUGGUAGCUGUUAGAUAUCCCAGGGUUAUACAUAUUUUAAAGUUGCUAGGUAAAUAUUUUUCAUAUUAAGUCACUUGUGUUCUUUAAGGCUAGGUCAAAUAUGUAUAAUUUUUGCAGUCGGGCCAAAUUUUUAUUUUUUAAUGUUUUGUGUAAGGCAGCAUUUUGUUGCUUUAAUGCAUUUUUGGAGUGAUUAGGAGACCUUUCAGUAAAAGUCACCUUCUGUCUGGUCUUAUAAAUCUUUAUAAAAUGAUGACAGUGCAGACAUUAAAAAGCUUUCCAUGAAGGAAAUGCCCCCAUGCCAUUGCCUACACUAUUUAAUAAUAGAGCUAACCUUAUGCUGUAGACUAGUAAACAGCUGCUAUAUGCUCAAUUCAGUCUACUCCAUCAUCCUGGGAGAUGGAGGGUGCAUGGAUCGCCUGGUCCCACAGUCCAGUCAUCUUUAGCAAGUUAAAACAGAAAUUGGGUCUAGUAUACUGCAGUAUUGAAUAAAAACAUUGCAAAUUUAUUGAAUUUUCAGAAUAACAAACAUUAUUUUGACCUCUAUCAAAUCCUCAGUGGAAACAUUGCUUGUUGGUUUGGAAACUCAAUAAAUCUAAAGUGCUUUCAUGAAUGAAGUUUGCUGGAACUCUUUCCUUGUGAACUCCAUGAGGAGACAGUACGUAGUGAGAAGGACACCUCUAUAUCAACACAUUUGGACUUUCAUCUAACAGUGAACUUUAUAUUAGCCAAAAAUUGACUUUAAUCAGUGAUAAAAAAUAGUAUGAAAUAAGGUGUAACCUCUUUACUGAAACUCAUGUUUUUGGGUAAAAUUUCUGCAGAUUUCUUUGUGAAGGCAGAAAUGUUCAGCACUGAAGGGCUUCUCUACAAGAAGAAGACACGUCCACUCAAAUCAACAAAUGCUCAAGUUACUUGGGGAGAAACUAUGCUCUUUCCAGUGACGCAAAAGGAGGAAGGCAUCAACUUUUUGAUCAAACUUUACAGCAGGAGCUCAGUGAGACGGAAGCAUUUCAUUGGUCAGGUACGACCAUCUUCACAAGUCUUCUCCUUCUUGUUUAAUAGGUUUCAGUAGAUUUGGAUAUACUCUUUACCUGCUGCUUUGAUGAUGGGGCUAUUUCUAAUAUACACAUUUGUAAACAGUUGUUCCACCUUUGGUUAAUUUUCACCAUUGAGCAGUAACCGAUAUUAAAUUACAUCUCUAUGAUGUCUAAUUACAUCUCGUAUGACGACAAUAACACGAUAUCUCAGGAGGUUGUUCCCAGUGUCCCUAAAGUAAAACAAAACUGUUCUUUCAUCAGACAUUCAAAGUCCAUUUUUUUCCAGGCACAGGAAAGAUCACUUUUCAGUACUUUUUAAAUGAAUUUUAGUGGGAUGCGGAAAAGUCAGCUGUAUACAUGACAUUUAGGUGGAUUAUUUUCACUUUCUUAAAUGUAACCCAUUCAUCCAUUGUGUUCCUUAAAUAGAAGUUAAGAGUAAACCACUGAUGAAACUAUAAAGAUUGGUUUACAUUGUGGACAAUGGGAAAGAAGCUUAUACCUCCUGUGAGGAUUUCUACACAUUAAAUAGGUCAUACUCCCGGACAUUGAACAAAACUUUGAUCGCUCCUUGAGUGGCCAAUAAAAUAAAUCUCUUGGCACAGAGAACUUAUUGACUAUUCAAUCUGGAUAACUGUCUGGUUUUAACAAUGACAGAAUUUGUGGGUACGUGUAAUUUCAGAUGACAAACCACAAACCAGGAGGUCUAUUAGGCUUUGAUGUUGAACAAUGUUCUUGGUGACCCUCCUAGGUGCUGAGCAGCAACAAGACUAUACAACUUACUCUAGACAGACUUCAAUGUUUAUGUUCUCCUAUGGAAUAGCUUGUUGACUCAAUGUUGACUGAGCUCAAGCAUUUAAUUUGUCAUUUUUAAUGGAGUUACAAUCAAGAAGAUUAUGAAUUCAAUCUCAUUCUCCAAGUUACCACAUAGCUGUGCUGAAUGAAUACCCCAAAUUAUUCCUGAAAUUUGUAAUUUUGGGAAGUGUUCUUGGGCCAGCUUGAUGAAGAGGCCGGAUCGCUGAAACGUUGUUCAGGCUGUUUUAUUUCAACACGCUAGUCAAUUACUAAGUUGUUUUAACAUACAAGAUAUAUAUAUGGUUACUCGUCACUUAUAUUCCACCUUUACAUAAUAUUUAAUCAUAUUUGUAAUGUUUGUGGACCCAGGACAUACUUGAAAACGAGAGAAACCUUAAUGUAUCCUUCCUGAUAAAAUAUUUUAUAAAUAAAUAAAAUCAGCCUCUCUGCAAAAUCUCCAGCCAUCAACUGGGAGUGUGGAAAUUGCAUUUCUAAUCAUGAAAGACACAACAUGUGUUUUUUUUAAAAUACGUAUUCAUCAUUAUUCCUUACCAGAUUUUUCUUAUUGCCUCAAAGCCUGGGGGUACAUUGUCUUACCUGUCUACAGUGGUACUUUCACAUAUUUGAACAGUAAUAAAGUCUGUAAAAUUGAAUACAGGUGGAGAUUGUUGUGUGCUGGGGCAACUAAGGCAGUUUAAGACAGUUUUUAAGAGGUAUAAUUUUUUACGGUGAGGUGGGAGGCUGUGGAGUGGAUACAAAGUCUCAUUCCAAGGUAGACACUGAGUUCUCUGUAUGAUCUAAUUGUGCAGACAGAAACAUGGCUGGCCUGCUCCCUUUCCCUUUAGUUUUUGGGAGACAGCCAGACUUCUUUUCACAAGAUGGGGAAAUCUAAUAAACACAGGAAAGUCUCAGCUUUCCUUUGCUUUCAGCCAGUUUUGUGCAGGUGCAGCAGUGCCCCAAACAUCUGUACCCUCCACGUGAUAUACAGUGGGAUUCAGAGGCAUCCUGUUGCAUGUCAUGCUCAAUGCAAAACACUGGGAACCGUAAGAUGUGAUUACAUACAUGAGUUGGAUAAUUGUUUUGUAUUUUUUGUUGUUGUAUAUUAUUACCAGAAACAAAAUGUGCGUGAAAUGCAUAGGAGGAUAUGGUUACACAUUAGGCUGUAAACAGAAAGAAAGUAAAUUAACUUUUAGGGAGUCAAACUGGGCUCUCUGUACCCUAUAUGUUGUAGGACUACAGCUCCCGUAUUACUCUGCCACCCUGUGGGAUUAUGGGAGUUGUAGUUCGGCAACAGGUGGGCAUAUUAUAACCCUUAGUGCAGACUAUGCAACUGUUGACCUUCUACCAUCUGCUAAUGUUUUUUGCACUUUGCAUAUUCACAGGUGUGGAUCAGCAGUGACAGUAACAGUCCCGAGGCUGCUGAUCAGUGGACUGAUACAAUCCACAACCCAGAGAAGGUGGUGACCAAAUGGCAUAAACUGAAUCCUUCUUGAAAUUGUGAGAAACCAGAGGGAAAUACCUGGAUCUAGGGACACUGCACAUUACUGGCUGGAUGAGUGCUUUAAGACAUUGGAUUUCAUAAAUGUGCGCAGGCUGUGCUAGACUGUGGGAUCUAACCAUACUAUUUCCUCUCUACACUUGGAAGGACAUACUGCUUAUAAUAAAGCAUGGAUCGCAAUCAAUAAUUAAUACACCAACAAUUCAGGUUUGGGGGACAGUGGUGCGAUUUGGGAAUACAAACUUGAAAUUCUCAAUUUGGCCUUCCGACCCGUCUUUCCUGUAACAGUGUAAUUUUCUACCUUCUCAUCUCUCACGUUCUAGAUCAGAUCAGAGGUUGGCAACCUUCGACACUCCAGGUACAUCUCCCACAAUGCCAUAAAGCUAAAAAAGCAUCAAGGGAUACAUAGUCGGCAACAUCCGGAGUUUCGAAGGUUGCCUAUCCCUGUUCUAGGCUUAUAAUGAGCAGGAUAAACAUGCGUGGUAUUUUUCUAGCUCAAAUUAUUUACUAUGACAUUUAACAUGAGAAGUCAUCCCAUUUCAUGCAAAUGUAUAGACAUAAAAUAAAUGAAGUGUGUUGUGCAAAGCAAAAAAAUAAGUAUAAUUCAAAAGAAAUGCGACCGUGAACAAGUACUGCUUUUGUUGGCAUAUAUUCAAAUUAAAUGUUGUAAUAUACUUUUAGACUGGAUCCACUCACGUGGACAAAACUAUUCCGUCAUCUAAGACAAAUGCAGAUUCACAGUACAGUAUUUGUAACAGAUAUAUUGUAAAUUGGGUUAAAAAAACAACAACUUGCUAAAACAAAUGAUAAAGGAACCCAAUAUAUUCCUUGAUUUAAUAUCUUGGAUGAGCUUUUCACGUUAUUUAAUAUUUAUUUAAUAAUUAUCUUUUCAAAAUACUGAUAUAUAAAAAAAAAAACAUUAACAUUUUAAAAUAGUUUUCAACAAUUAAAUCAUUUUAAAAGCUUAUUCAAAAAUAUUAAAUUGAGGCCAUAGGGAAACUCACAAAUGCAUAUUCUUGCCUGGCUCACCUAACUUGAGUUCUUGGACAACUAGCCUAGUCUGUCUUGUUUUACUUACUACAUGAAUGGCUUCAUCAAGAUGUAUGUCAAUAAAUGCUAACAAAAGAAGUACAUAUUCAUUUUAAAGAUAGAAUGAAAAAGAGAAAGAAAUAUAUAAUGUUAUGCCUAUAUGAAAAAAUUUGAAUUUGAGAAGUCUACCAUAUUCCCAAAAUGAGAUCUAAACAGUUACUGAUUUCCUAGGCACGUUUUGUUUGCAUGAACUCAAAUUCUUCUUUUUGGCCAAUAUAUGAAGUUCUUUAAGAAAUGUAGCAUUCCGUCAUGUCUGUGGUCAGAUUUGAGUUCCAGGAGUUACUAUUUACUAUGGAUACCAUGGAAUCACGGCAGUUCUGUACAGAAUCAUGUGAGGCAAUGUACGUUCAUGAGCAGAGAAAGUGCUAUGGUAACUUAAGCCUGAAUAAAUAUACCACCUUCAGCUGAGAGUGAAAAAAGGAGCAUUUUCAGGAAUACCCAUAGCAAAUCUUUUAUAUCCCAACUUGGGAAUGUAGUGAACCUGCCUGAAAAAGAGGGGGAAACAAAUAAGCUUUUUUCCUUUUUAUCUUACAUUACAUUUACAGUAGUAUGUGCAUCCAUAUAUGUAUAUAUGCAAGAUGCAUACUUUUUCUUUUUUACGUUAGUUGUCCACGGUUUUCCAUAAGUGCUCUGUAUCACUCUGCAGUAGCAAAUUCACAAAACUUUUAUUAGAAAUGGGUUCAUUUAGACUAUUUUAGCCCUGAAUUGUUUGCUUUUGUUGUAGCAUAAUGUGUACGGUUUAACGUGUUCAACUUUUAAUGACAUUAUAAUACCCUAAAUUAUAUUAAUUUUAUUUUGCUGGUAAUUCAGUUUUUUUCCUCAAUCUACGCAGCUACACAGACUCCUAUGGGAGUUAAUAAUCUGUAUCAGACAGACAGUGUAUUUACCAGGUUAUUUCAAUUAUGGUCAGUGGUCCCUUUCAAAAAGAUGAAUGUUUAUUUGUACAUUUAUAUAGAUAAGUUGCUGAUACUUUAAUACAUUCAAUAUUUCACGAUUUGUCAACCAUGUUGGAUCCCAUAACGUCACUUUAGGAUGCACUGCCUGUAUGAAGAGGUGGGUUAAUGUGAGCCUACAAUUUUGACCCCAUUUGUCCAUGUGGAGACUUGGUAUGGGGAUUUUUCAUGUAUCCAGUACUAAUGUUAGGACAGCAAGUUUUUUUUCUAAAAUGUGGUUUCAUUGAGUAUUCCACUCAGAUACCAUUUAGUGGCAGAUGUAUGGUGGGCCCAGGGUGGUAAAUGCCCCCUGCCCAACAGAGAAGUAGGAAAGAGGAAAAUGGCGAGAAUGGGGAAGAUGAAGAAACAUGAGUUGACUAGAGGAAUGGCAUAGCAAUAACAUUUACAGCAAUGUAUAGAACAGGGAAAGGUAACCUUCGGCACUCCAGAUGUUGUGGACUACAUCACCCAGCCCUUACACACAUAAUGCUGGCAAAGUAUCGUGGGAAGUGUAGUCCAAAACAUCUGCAGUGCCGAAGGUUGCCUAUGCCUGGUAUAGAAGAUGCUAUGUGCUGGAUUUCAAAUCUUUUUUCCUACAAUGCACAAUUUGCCUUGUUUCUCAAAGAAAAGUUGCUUUGCCAGUUGACUUGCCAAUGUAGUAUUACUGGAAAACAAAAGUGCUGACAAAAAUCAAUAUGAAAUAAAAAUAGUUAACUGAUGUAUUUGUAGUAUGAAAUUAUAGAUUGUAAGCUUCUGGGUUCCAGAGAUAAUAGUCAUUAAAUAUAUUUGUCAUUCCUUUUGAUAUUUAAUGUGUUGCCAGUCAGCCUAAAGAUGCCAGGAUUAAAAAUACUGCUUUAUUUUACCAGAUUUUCUCAAGAAUUGUUUGGUUAAUAAUGUAAUGUGUAAUGUUUUGAUUUUUUCACAACCACACUGUUUUAUUCCAUUUCAUCUUGGCCACAAAGGGUGUGCCUUGGCUUAUUGCCAGAUGCGGUUUUGUGGAUUUUUUAUUAAUCUUUGAUUAAGAUUAAACAAACUUCCUGAAUUUUUGCUGAAUGGCUUAUCUGAAAAACAAUUAGUUUGUCAUUCGACCAAAUGAUUUGGUAAUUUGUUAUAAUAUGUAAAAUUUUCUAAAUCGUGUUUAUCUAGUUCUCAGUUUUCAGUUGGUUUAAACCUUAUCCUGACCUCACCAGUCUGUGUUCCCGUCACACGACGCUCACUUUUUCACUGUUACCUGCAAUAGAUCUUCACCAUUCACUCUUCUAUGACCCUUACCUUUCAAGGUGGCAUCUUACCUCCUCCUAAUACAUAAUUUGCUUCUACUUUUACCUGACUUAUAACAUCCACUGUUACAGCCAACCGAUCUUCACAGGACUCUCGCUGGUCCCUAUUAAUUCAAUCUGACCAUCAUUAUUUGUUUUAUACAUUGUAUAACUCAUAUUUCACUGUUGAAUCCAAUCAACCCUCACUAUUAUCUGGUACCAUCACCCAAUUCUAGUCAUCCACUCUUACUUCCACUUGACCAACAUUAUUAUUUAUUAUGUCCACCUGAUCUUCACAACUGUAUCUUACUGUUUAAACCCGCACCAUUCGCUGUUAUUUCCUGACCACUAUCAACCACACUUACCUCCACCUAAUUCACUGUUGCCACCAUCUGACCUGAUAUCACUGUUAUCUCCUUCGGAUUCCAUUGUGCCAAUAUGCAUAUAUUGUAACUGUGUGCAAUUAGAGUUGAAAUAGUGACACAUUAUAAAAAUGGACUUUUACCUUUACAGCCACAUUAAACAUUUGUAUUUCUUUAUUAGAGUGCACACCCUCCGGUUAAACAGAUGUGGCAUGCCAUAACUCCUGGGAAUUCCUCCAUGCCAUCUCACAAUCUAGGUCCAUGUGCAAUAACCAUGAGCUUUCAGAACUUGGAGACAAACAUCUAUUGUAGUACUAUGACACCCAUAAUUCCUUGCCUGGCAAAGCAUCAUCAAAGUUAUAGUUCUAAUCUACAGCAGGAAUCAAGAAAUGUGGUCCCCAAAUGUUGAUGGCCUGCAACUCCCAGAAUUCUUUGAAUGCAAUACAUGGCCAGAGAAUUAUGGGAAUUGUAGUUAAGCAACAUCUGGGUGGACAAAGUUUGAGAAGCCUGAUCUAGAGGACUUCCACUUGUGAUGUGAAUAUUAUAUCCUGAAAUCAGAAACUAAUCAGUGUCAUUCCUCUUUAAUUUAUUAACACUAGUAACUGUAUUGUGUUUUUGUGCUCUCCUCCUUAAGGCUUGCUUGGAGACGAGAGAAAAUUCAAUGUACUAUUCCUGAUUAAAUAACAAUGUCAGAAUAAUUCUGUUACUAGUGGAACUUAAAUAAAGGUUAAGCCCUGAGGGAUGGAACAUCUUGAUUUGAGUGUUUUGUUUGACUCAUUCAAGGGGAUUGAAUGUUUGCACAGCUCAGUAUCUGAGACAAUAUAGACAGUUUGGCCGACAAAAGAAAACUGAUGGAGGGAGAGCCGGUGGAAAGUUCUGAGGCGGGACACAGGUAGACUUGCCAGUUCAGAUGCAAGUGUCAGAUUGCAGAUAUAGUGCUAGUACAUAGUGUGAGUAUAGACUCAAAAGGUUCAAAAUGGAUAUAGGUGCUAGAACAGCUAGAACAGAGUGUGUGUACAGACUCAAUGGGUAGAAUUCCAAGAGAAGUGCUGGUAUGGAGUGUGGGUACAGACUAAAUGGGUAGGGUGCCAAGAGAUGUGCUGGUAUGGAGUGUGGAGGGUGCCGAUAGAGCUGUUGUUUAGAGGUUGGGUACAGAUUCAAGGGUUAGGGUAGAGAGAAGGAGAUGUGCUAGAACAGAGCUCAGGUACAGACUCAAGGGAUAGGGUGCAGAUAGACGUUCUGGUACAGAGUGUGGGUACAGACUCAAGGGAUACGGUGCAGAUAGACGUUCUGGUGCAGAUUGUGGGUACACACUCAAGGGAUAGGGUGCAGAGAGACGUUCUGGUGCAGAGUGUGGGUACACACUCAAGGGAUAGGGUGCAGAUAGACCUUCCGGUGCAGAGUGCGGGUACAGACUCAAGGGAUAGGGUGCAGAGAGACAUUCUGGUGCAGAGUGUGGGUACAGACUCAAGGGAUAGGGUGCAGAUAGACGUUCCGGUGCAGAGUGUGGGUACCGACUCAAGGGAUAGGGUGCAGAUAGACGUUCCGGUGCAGAGGGUUGGUACAGACUCAAGGGAUAGGGUGCAGAUAGACGUUCUGGUGCAGAGUGUGGGUACAGACUCAAGGGAUAGAGUGCAGACAGACGUUCCGGUGCAGAGGGUGGGUACAGACUCAAGGGAUAGGGUGCAGAUAGAUGUUCCGGUGCAGGGGUUGGGUACAGACUCAGGGAAUAGGGUACAGAUAGACAUUCUGGUGCAGAAUGUGGGUACAGACUCAAGGGGC